AUGCAAUCAGCAGUACAAUGUCUAAAUGGAACAUAUUCUAAUGAAACAAAGUCAACUGAAUGUAAAACAUGUCCAGCUGGAUUUUCUUGUCCAAAUGUUGAUGAAACUCCAGUGGAAUGUAAGAAUGGAUAUUAUAGUCUGGGAGCGACAACACAAUGUUUAAUAUGUCCUCAUGGACACAGGUAAAGUUACAAAAAUCUUUAAAAUUAAACACAUUAAUGCAUGUUAAAACUGUAAAACGUUAAAUAACUUCUUGUUGAUUUAAUGUUUAUUAAUAUAAUUUCGCCAUUAAAUGAUCUAAAAAUGUCUUGAUUAAAAUUCAAAGUUUAAAAUUAUUUUUGGUCGUUCCACUUGUUAUUUUAAAAAUCAAUUUUAUAAAUUACCAAGCAAAGCAUUUUAAAAUUUCUAAUUACAAAAGUUGAAAAUAAACAUUUAAUUUAAAAUGGUGGACGUUUAGGAGAUCGUUUAAUGCAAAUUUCUGUAAGUUGAGGGGAGCGUUUAUUGGAAUGGGGCAUUUAUUAGAUACUGUAGUAGCCGCCUAUUAGAAUUAUAUUAAUAUACGGUAUACCCAUUUUUGAGAGAGGGAUUACUUUGUAUUAAACAUCCCGAAGACUACAUUCUGCUUCGUACGAAUCCAUUGUUGGAACGUUAAAUUUGGAGCUAGACAAUUGUAUAUUUUUACCCUUUCUGUAAGAAUUACGACAGCCACUCAAUCUGAAGAGUACCCCUAGGUUUUAAAUUUUUAUUCAUUAUUGUAUUUUUUGUUUGUUGAUAGCUGUUUCGAUGGUUCAAAACCUCCCAGUAUUUGCCUAAAAGGAACAUAUUCUACUGCUGGGAAAACAGCAUGUACUAACUGUUCGAAAGGCUUCAAAUGUCCAUCUGAUGGUAUGGAUACUCAGACUGCUUGUGGAAAUGCAACGUAUGCUGAUCAACCAAUGUCUGUUGAAUGUAAAACUUGCCCGGCUGGUUAUGCUUGUCCUAGAUCUGAUCAAGAUCCUGUAGAGUGUAAGAAUGGAACAUACAGUCUGGAGGGAUCGUCUGAAUGUGACAUUUGUUCUGCUGGACACAGGUAAGCUCUAUAAGAUAUAUCUGUACGUAGAUUGUGCCGCGAAAUAUUCGUUUCAAAUUUGGACCUUUCAAGUGUUGCAAAGUCAGCUGUAGUACAUAUACGGACAAACCGAUCUGGUCUUUUGAGGGUGUGUGAGCACUGUGAGAGUGCUGAUGGUGCGUGAAAUGGUUCGAGGGUGUUGAGGUGGAGUGAGGUGAUGUGAGGGUGUGUGAAGUGGUGUGCAGUGUGAGGCUGUUGAGGGUGUGUGAGCACUGUGAGGGUGCUGAUGGUGCGUGAGAUGGUUCGAGGCUGUUGAGGUGGAGUGAGGUGAUGUGAGGGUGUGUGAAGUGGUGUGCAGUGUGAGGCUGUUGAGGGUGUGUGAGGUGAUAUGAGGAUACUGAGGGGGAUGUUUAGGACUUAGGAGGUCGUUUAAUGCAAAUUUCUGUAAGUUGAGGGGAGCGUUUAUUGGAGUGGGGCAUUUAUUAGAUGCUGUAGCAGCCGCCUAUUAGAAUUAUAUUAGUAUACGGUAUACCCAUUUUUGAGAGAGUACAUUCUGCUUCAUACGAAUCCGUUGCUGGAACGUAAAAUUUGGAGCUAGAAAAUUGUAUAUUUUCCCUUUCUGUAAGAAUCAUGACAUCCACUCAAUCUGAAGAGUACCCCUUGGUUUUAAAUUUUUAUUCAUUAUUGUAUUUUUUGUUUGUUGAUAGCUGUUCCGAUAGUUCAAAACCUCCCAAUAUUUGCCUAAAAGGAACAUAUUCUACUGCUGGAACAUAUUCUACUGCUGGAAAAACAGCAUGUACUAACUGUUCAAAAGGCUUCAAAUGUCCAUCUGAUGGUAUGGAUACUCAGACUGCUUGUGGAAAUGCAACGUAUGCUGAUCAACCAAUGUCUGUUGAAUGUAAAACUUGCCCGGCUGGUUAUGCCUGCCCUAGGUCUGAUCAAGAUCCUGUAGAGUGUAAGAAUGGAACAUACAGUCUGGAAGGAUCGUCUGAAUGUGACAUUUGUCCUGCUGGACACAGGUAAAGCUCUAUAAAUAUAUCUGUACGUAGACGUAGAUUGUGCCGCGAAAUAUUCGUUUCAAAUUUGGACCUUUCAAGUGUUGCAAAGUCAGCUGUAGUACAUAUACGGACAAACCGAUCUGGUCUUUUGAGGGUGUGUGAGCACUGUGAGGGUGCUGAUGGUGCGUGAAAUGGUUCGAGGGUGUUGAGGUGGAGUGAGGUGAUGUGAGGGUGUGUGAAGUGGUGUGCAGUGUGAGGCUGUUGAGGGUGUGUGAGCACUGUGAGGGUGCUGAUGGUGCGUGAGAUGGUUCGAGGCUGUUGAGGUGGAGUGAGGUGAUGUGAGGGUGUGUGAAGUGGUGUGCAGUGUGAGGCUGUUGAGGGUGUGUGAGGUGAUAUGAGGAUACUGAGGGGGAUGUUUAGGACUUAGGAGGUCGUUUAAUGCAAAUUUCUGUAAGUUGAGGGGAGCGUUUAUUGGAGUGGGGCAUUUAUUAGAUGCUGUAGCAGCCGCCUAUUAGAAUUAUAUUAGUAUACGGUAUACCCAUUUUUGAGAGAGUACAUUCUGCUUCAUACGAAUCCGUUGCUGGAACGUAAAAUUUGGAGCUAGAAAAUUGUAUAUUUUCCCUUUCUGUAAGAAUCAUGACAUCCACUCAAUCUGAAGAGUACCCCUUGGUUUUAAAUUUUUAUUCAUUAUUGUAUUUUUUGUUUGUUGAUAGCUGUUCCGAUAGUUCAAAACCUCCCAAGUAUUUGCCUAAAAGGAACAUAUUCUACUGCUGGAAAAACAGCAUGUACUAACUGUUCGAAAGGCUUCAAAUGUCCAUCUGAUGGUAUGGAUACUCAGACUGCUUGUGGAAAUGCAACGUAUGCUGAUCAACCAAUGUCUGUUGAAUGUAAAACUUGCCCGGCUGGUUAUGCCUGCCCUAGGUCUGAUCAAGAUCCUGUACAGUGUACUAAUGGAAAAUACAGCCUGGGAGGAUCGUCUGAAUGUGACAUUUGUCUUGCUGGACACAGGUAAGUUCUAUAAAAUAUAUCUACAGUGUAUCAACGUUAGAUUACACAUGUAAAGGCUGCAGUAGUAUUACACGGGCUGAUUCCAGGGUGUUGAGGUGGAGUGAGGUGAUGCGGGCGUGUGUGAGUGUUGUGAAAGUGCUGAAGAUGUGUGAUUCCGUGUGAGGUGGAGUAAAGUGGCGUGUGACGAUGCUGCAGGUGUGUCAGAUUAGUAAGACGUGUGAAGUUGUGAAUUUGGUGGUGUGUGGGUGCUGAGGCGGUGUGUGUGAUGCUGAGGUGGAAUGAGGUGUGUGAAGUGGUGUCAGUAUGUCAGUAAGUUCUAACAAUCAUUAGAAUGCAGUUCAGAGUACAAUUAUUUUCUGCAGUUUGUCCCCGCAAGCACCACCACAUAAGUUCCAUUUGUCCUAUUUGUGUCUAUGUCUUUUAUUUAUAAACUGUCAAACUUUCAGUUAGAAAAAAAUCACGAGGACACCACCACAUUUCACCAUAUAUACUUAAGGGUACAUCGGCCAUACACGUACUGCGAAUUUUCAGAAUUCUCCUUUGAUUUAAAAAUGCAACAAUCUCCUUUCUAUUUAAAAUCCUUGCUUAGCCAAACUUGUAAUCCUCUGGAUUUAAACGAUUCAGCCUAAAUAUUGUUAGUAAAAUAUAUGUAAUUGAAUUCAUUCAAAAUACAGUUCAUACUUUUUAACAGCUGCCUUAAUAAAUCAAUUUCCCCUGUGGCAUGUACUCCAGGAACAUAUUCCAAUACUGGUGAAACUAAAUGUAACAACUGUACUAAAGGAUUUAAAUGUCCACUUAACAAAAUGCAAUCAGCAGUACAAUGUCUAAAUGGAACAUAUUCUAAUGAAACAAAGUCAACUGAAUGUAAAACAUGUCCAGCUGGAUUUUCUUGCCCAAAUACUGAUGAAACUCCAGUGGAAUGUAAGAAUGGAUAUUAUAGUCUGGGAGCAACAACACAAUGUAUGAUAUGUCCUCAUGGACACAGGUAAAAUAUACAUAUAAAUUUUUAAAAUUAAACACAUUAAUGUUAACAACAGAUAAAAAUUAAUGGUGAAUAAUUUCUUGUUGCUUUUAAAAUAAUGGUAUAAUUUCGUCAUUAAAUGGCCUGUAAAGUUGUUUUAGAAUUGUUUUUGAUUGCUACUUAAUUGGUACUUUAUGAACCCACUUUGUAAGUUAUACCAAGCAAACUAUUUAAAAUUUCCAAUAAAAAACGUAUGUUGAACAAGAACAUUUAACUUAAGAUGGUAUAAUUGAACUUUUCAUUGAUAAAAUUGAGAAUAAAUAAUCUCCUGUUGAUUUAAUGUGUAUAUUUAGUGACAUAGUUUCGUCAUUAUAUGACUUAGAAUUGUUUUAAAAUUCGAUAAACAGAGGCAACAAUUCCUGGAUCCAAAAGAAAAUUUAAAAUUAUCCUUGUAUGGUUGUUUGUUUAAAAACCAUGCAUUUUCUAAUUUAGUAACCAAAAUAUUUAAAAUUUUCAAUUAGAAAAGUUAAAAAUUAACGUUUAACUUCAAAUGGUGAUAAUUUGACAUUUUGUUUGUAAUGUCGAGAACAGGCUGUGAUAUUGUACUCACGAAUGCGGUAAAGAUCUUAACAGUGAAAUCUAAUUCUUAAAUCAUUCAGCAUAAAUAUUGAAAUAAAACCAUGCAGAUGUAAUUAAGGAAUAUUUGUUCUGUACAUGAAAUGAUAUGUACUGUGGUCGAAAUAACUUAUACGGUUGUACGGGUACAGCACAUUCUAUGUACACCAAAUUUUAUAAAAUAAUUGUAAAUUGUAAUUUUCCUUUUAACAGCUGCCUUAAUAAAUCAAUUUCCCCUGUGGCAUGUACUCCAGGAACACAUUCCAGUACUGGUGAAACUAAAUGUAACGACUGUAUUAAGGGAUAUAAAUGUCCAUUCAAUAAAAUGCAAUCAGCAUUACAAUGUCUAAAUGGAACAUAUUCUAAUGAAACAAAGUCAACUGAAUGUAAAACAUGUCCAGCUGGAUUUUCUUGUCCAAAUGUUGAUGAAACUCCAGUGGAAUGUAAGAAUGGAUAUUAUAGUCUGGGAGCAACAUCACAAUGUUUAAUAUGUCCUCAUGGACACAGGUAAACUUGCAUAAAUAUUUAAAGGUGAAUGACACGAAAUUUUUUAUUGUCCCAUCUGAAAGAAUAGUGAAUACUGUAAAGUAACUUCUUUUACAGAUUUUCGUUUACAUUCUUCCUUGGUGAGAUAAUUCAGUUUUGUUCACAUGCAAUGCAAACAAAUUUACGUCACAGUUUGCAUAAUGAGCUACCAAAUAUUUGAUGAUGUAUGUAUUUUUAUCCAACAUCGUCAUUUGCAAAACUGCAUAUGCUUUACAUUGUCCUCAAUAUAACGCAUAUAUGGAUUUUCAAACGAUGUAAUCACUUAUAUACUUGAUAACCUGACAUUUAACGAUAACUCAUUAUGCAAAGUGUGACGUAAAUUUGUUUGCACUGCAUAUCAAGAAAACUGAAUAUCCCACCAAGGAAGCACGUAAACAAAAAUGUGCAAAAGAAGUUGCUUUACAGUUUUGAUGAUUCUUUCAGAUGGGGCAAUAAAAAAUUUCGUGUCAGGUCACCUUUAAAAUGAAAGACAUUAAUGCAUGUUAAAACUGUAAAAUGUUAAAUAACUUCUUGUUUAUUUAAUGUUUAUUAAUAUAAUUACGCCAACAAAUGAUCUAAAAUUGUCUUGUUUAAAAUUCAAAGUUUACAAUUAUUUUUGGUCGUUCCACUUGUUGUUUUAAAAAUCAAUUUUAUAAAUUACCAAGCAAAGCAUUUUGAAAUUUCUAAUUACAAAAGUUGAACAUUAAUUAACAUUUAAUUUAAAAUGGUAAUUGACAUUACAUUGAUAAAAUUGAGAAUAGGCUGUGAUGUUUGACUGAUAAAUGCGACAAAGAUCUCAAGAACUAAAUCUAUUUUUUUUUAAUUAAUCGUACAUAUACAGUAUAGCCUACCAGAUCAACCUAUUUGAACGACUGAACAGUCGCGUGUUUAAACAUCAUUAGCAGAAAAUAUUAAAAUCAAAUUUUAACUUUCCUUUUAACAGCUGCCUUAAUAAAUCAAUUAUCCCUGUGGCAUGUUCUCCAGGAACAUAUUCCAAUACUGGUGAAACUAAAUGUAACAACUGUAGUAAGGGAUAUAAAUGUCCAUUCAAUAAAAUGCAAUCAGCAUUACAAUGUCUAAAUGGAACAUAUUCUAAUGAAACAAAGUCAACUGAAUGUAAAACAUGUCCAGCUGGAUUUUCUUGCCCAAAUGUUGAUGAAACUCCAGUGGAAUGUAAGAAUGGAUAUUAUAGUCUGGGAGCAACAACACAAUGUUUAAUAUGUCCUCAUGGACACAGGUAAACUUACAUAAAUCUUUAAAAUUAAACACACUAAUGUUACAACUAUAAAAUGUUAUUUAAAUAUUUUCUUGUUCGUUGAUGUUUAAAGAUAUAAUUUUGUCAUUAAAAGGUCUAAAUUUGUUUUAAUUAAUUAAGAUUAAAAGUUUAAAUUAUUUUUGGUUGCUACUUCUUACUUUAAAACCCAUUUUAUAAAUUACCAAGCGAAAUAUUUUAAAAUUUCCAGUUACAAGAGUUGAACAUUAAUGUUUAAUUUAAGAUGGUAAUUGAACUUUUCAUUGGACAUUGAUAAAAUUGAACUUUUCAUUAGACAUUGAUAAAAUCGAGGAUAAAAUUGAGAACAGGCUGUGAUUUUUAGUUGUAAAUCCGACAAAGAUCUCAACGAACGAAAUCUAUUUUUUAAAUAAUCCAACAUACCAGAUAAACGUAUUUCAGCGAUUGAACCAGUUUCAAGUUUUUAAAAUUUAUUCAGCUUAAAUAUUAAAAUCAAAAUAGAUCUAAUUAAAAAGCAACUCUGUUAUGGUUGUAAAACGAUAUGUAUUUGUAUAGGUAUAAUGUAUGAUUUCGAGUGCAAUUUGGAAAAACAUGCACGAGUGAGUUUUUCAAGAUUGCACGGGUCCGAAGGGGUUAGCACUAUUUUCCAUCCAGCAAACUGACCUGACGUCAUUUUCGCAAGAUAGAAGAGGUGUUAAAUGGCUAUGUAACUAACCCAAACCCUACCCCUACUCUAACCCCUAACCUCAACCCUAACUCUAACCCUAACCGAAUUAAUAAAAAAAUCCAAAAAGAAACGACUUUACAAAAUCGAUAGGGCGGUUUGCUGGAUGGAAAAAAAGUGCUAACCGUCCGAAGGACGAGUGCAAUUUGAAGUCGUUGAAAAACUCACGAGUGUAUGUUUUUUCAAAUUGUAUAUACGAGAAACCACACUAUUAUUUAUUAAUAAUAUACAUGAAAAAAUUAUGCAGUCACUCCUAAAAACUCCUAAAUGUUUGUUUUUUUUGUAUUAUAAUUUCUGCUAGAAAUUGAUAUUUCUUAUUGGCUAUAUCUUUGUUAUUGUUUCAUAUUUUAAGCCAAUCAUCAUGCAGAAAGCCUAAAUAGUCAAUAAAAUUUGCACUGUAUUUCUUUUUUUUUGCACUGUAUUUCCAAAAAAUUGCAAUUGCUCUUAGCCAAUCAGAAUUGAGAAUUUUUUUCAUGUACAUUAUUAUUGUCGAAGUAAAUUAUACGGUUAGAAAUGUACAUCACAUUCUAGAAAAUAACUCUAAACGUUAACUUUCCUUUUAACAGCUGCCUUAAUAAAUCAAUCUCCCCUGUGGCAUGUACUCCAGGAACAUAUUCCAAUACUGGUGAAACUAAAUGUAACAACUGUACUAAGGGAUAUAAAUGUCCAUUCAAUAAAAUGCUGUCAGCAUUACAAUGUCUAAACGGAACAUAUUCUAAUGAAACGAAGUCAACUGAAUGUAAAACAUGUCCAGCUGGAUUUUCUUGUCCAAAUGUUGAUGAAACUCCAGUGGAAUGUAAGAAUGGAUAUUAUAGUCUGGGAGCAACAACACAAUGUUUAAUAUGUCCUCAUGGACACAGGUAAACUUAACAACUAUAAAAUGGUAAAUAAUUUCUAAAUAAUUUUUACCAAAAUAUUUUAAAAUUAAGAAGUUGUCAAUUAAAAAAGUUAAAAAUUAUCGUUUAACUUAAUGGUGAUAGUUUGACUUUUUAUUGCCGUAAUGUCGAGAACAGGCUGUGAUAUUGGACUCACAAAUACGGCAAAGAUCUUAACAGUGAAAUCGAAUUCUUAAAUCAUUCAGCAUAAAUAUUGAAAUAAACCAGAUGUAAUUAAAUAAUAUUUGUUCUGUACAUGAAAUGAUAUUUACUGUGGUCGAAAUAACUUAUACGGUUGUACAGGUACAACAACACAUUCUAUGUAUACACCAAAUUUUAUAAAAUAAUUCUAAAUUGUAAUUUUCCUUUUAACAGCUGCCUUAAUAAAUCAAUUUCCCCUGUGGCAUGUACUCCAGGAACACAUUCCAAUACUGGUGAAACUAAAUGUAACAACUGUACUAAGGGAUAUAAAUGUCCAUUCAAUAAAAUGCUGUCAGCAAUACAAUGUCUAAAUGGAACAUAUUCUAAUGAAACAAAGUCAACUGAAUGUAAAACAUGUCCAGCUGGAUUUUCUUGCCCAAAUGUUGAUGAAACUCCAGUGGAAUGUAAGAAUGGAUAUUAUAGUCUGGGAGCAACAACACAAUGUUUAAUAUGUCCUCAUGGACACAGGUAAACUUACAAAAAUCUUUAAAAUUAAACACAUUAAUGCAUGUUAAAACUGUAAAAUGUUAAAUAAUUUCUUGUUGAUUUAAUGUCUAUAUUGAUCUAAUUUCGCCAUUAAGUGAUCUAAAAUUGUCUUGAUUAAAAUUCAAAGUUUAACAUUAUUUUUGGUCGUUCCCCUUGUUAUUUUAAAAAUCAAUUUUAUAAAUUACCAAGCAACAUGCAAAUCAUUUUAAACCAUUGAUACUGUAAAAUUGAGAGUAGGCUGUGAUGUUUGACUGGUAAAUGCGACAAAGAUCUCAAGAACUAAAUCUAUUUUUGAAUUAGUCGUAGAUACAGUAUACCAGAUCAACCUAUUUGAACGACUGAACAGUCGCGUGUUUAAACAUCAUCAGCAGAAAAUAUUAAAAUCAAAUUUUAACUUUCCUUUUAACAGCUGCCUUAAUAAAUCAAUUUCCCCUGUGGUAUGUACUCCAGGAACAUAUUCCAAUACUGGUGAAACUAAAUGUAACAACUGUACUAAGGGAUAUAAAUGUCCAUUCAAUAAAAUGCUGUCAGCAAUACAAUGUCUAAAUGGAACAUAUUCUAAUGAAACAAAGUCAACUGAAUGUAAAACAUGUCCAGCUGGAUUUUCUUGUCGAAAUGUUGAUGAAACUCCAGUGGAAUGUAAGAAUGGAUUUUAUAGUCUGGGAGCAACAACACAAUGUUUAAUAUGUCCUCAUGGACACAGGUAAACUUACAAAAAUCUUUAAAAUUAAACACAUUAAUGCAUGUUAAAACUGUAAAAUGUUAAAUAAUUUCUUGUUGAUUUAAUGUCUAUAUUGAUCUAAUUUCGCCAUUAAAUGAUCUAAAAUUGUCUUGAUUAAAAUUCAAAGUUUAACAUUAUUUUUGGUCGUUCCCCUUGUUAUUUUAAAAAUCAAUUUUAUAAAUUACCAAGCAACAUGCAAACCAUUUUAAACCAUUGAUACUGUAAAAUUGAGAAUAGGCUGUGACGUUUGACUGGUAAAUGCGACAAAGAUCUCAAGAACUAAAUCUAUUUUUGAAUUAGUCGUAGAUACAGUAUACCAGAUCAACCUAUUUGAACGACUGAACAGUCGCGUGUUUAAACAUCAUCAGCAGAAAAUAUUAAAAUCAAAUUUUAACUUUCCUUUUAACAGCUGCCUUAAUAAAUCAAUUUCCCCUGUGGCAUGUACUCCAGGAACAUAUUCCAAUACUGGUGAAACUAAAUGUAACAACUGUACUAAGGGAUAUAAAUGUCCAUUCAAUAAAAUGCUGUCAGCAAUACAAUGUCUAAAUGGAACAUAUUCUAAUGAAACAAAGUCAACUGAAUGUAAAACAUGUCCAGCUGGAUUUUCUUGUCCAAAUGUUGAUGAAACUCCAGUGGAAUGUAAGAAUGGAUAUUAUAGUCUGGGAGCAACAACACAAUGUUUAAUAUGUCCUCAUGGACACAGGUAAACUUACAAAAAUCUUUAAAAUUAAACACAUUAAUGCAUGUUAAAACUGUAAAAUGUUAAAUAAUUUCUUGUUGAUUUAAUGUCUAUAUUGAUCUAAUUUCGCCAUUAAAUGAUCUAAAAUUGUCUUGAUUAAAAUUCAAAGUUUAACAUUAUUUUUGGUCGUUCCCCUUGUUAUUUUAAAAAUCAAUUUUAUAAAUUACCAAGCAGCAUGCAAACCAUUUUAAACCAUUGAUACUGUAAAAUUGAGAAUAGGCUGUGACGUUUGACUGGUAAAUGCGACAAAGAUCUCAAGAACUAAAUCUAUUUUUGAAUUAGUCGUAGAUACAGUAUACCAGAUCAACCUAUUUGAACGACUGAACAGUCGCGUGUUUAAACAUCAUCAGCAGAAAAUAUUAAAAUCAAAUUUUAACUUUCCUUUUAACAGCUGCCUUAAUAAAUCAAUUUCCCCUGUGCCAUGUACUCCAGGAACAUAUUCCAAUACUGGUGAAACUAAAUGUAACAACUGUACUAAGGGAUAUAAAUGUCCGUUCAAUAAAAUGCUGUCAGCAAUACAAUGUCUAAAUGGAACAUAUUCUAAUGAAACAAAGUCAACUGAAUGUAAAACAUGUCCAGCUGGAUUUUCUUGUCCAAAUGGUGAUGACACUCCAGUGAAAUGUAAGAAUGGAUAUUAUAGUCUGGGAGCGACAACACAAUGUCUAAUAUGUCCUCAUGGACACAGGUAAACUUACAAAAAUCUUUAAAGUUAAACACAUUUUAUAAAAUGGUAAAUAAUUUCUAAAUAAUUUUUACCAAAAUAUUUUCAAAUUUUCAAUUAAAAAAGUUAAAAAUUAACGUUUAACUUUAUAAUGGUGAUAAUUUGACUUUUUAUUGCCGUAAUGUCGAGAAUAGGCUGUGAUAUUGGACUCACAAAUACGGCAAAGAUCUUAACAGUGAAAUCUAAUUCUUAAAUCAUUCAGCAUAAAUAUUAAAAUAAAACCAUACAGACGUAAUUAAGGAAUAUUUGUUCUGUACAUGAAAUGAUAUUUACUGUGGUCGAAAUAACUUAUAUGGUUGUACAGGUACAACACAUUCUAUAUACACCAAAUUUUAUAAAAUAAUUCUAAAUUGUAAUUUUCCUUUUAACAGCUGCCUUAAUAAAUCAAUUUCCCCUGUGGCAUGUACUCCAGGAACAUAUUCCAAUACUGGUGAAACUAAAUGUAAUAACUGUACUAAGGGAUAUAAAUGUCCAUUCAAUAAAAUGCAAUCAGCAUUACAAUGUCUAAAUGGAACAUAUUCUAAUGAAACAAAGUCAACUGAAUGUAAAACAUGUCCAGCUGGAUUUUCUUGUCCAAAUACUGAUGAAACUCCAGUGGAAUGUAAGAAUGGAUACUAUAGUCUGGGAGCAACAUCACAAUGUUUGAUUUGUCCUCAUGGACACAGGUAAAGAAUUAAUUCUAAACAUUAAAAGUGUUAAAUGUAACUUUUAAAAAUCUUGAUUAAAUUGACAAGCAGCGUUAUAGUUUAAAAUUCCUCAUGCAUAAAUUCUAAACCUUCGCUACUAUUUAAGCAAUUAAAUUUAAGUGCAUGGUUAAGAAAAUUUGGAUAUUUGUUUCGAAUUUCGUUUGUAAUUAUUUUAUAAAACAAAUAAAAGACUGGUUGUUUGGAAGGCUUAAGCUAACUUCGACCAAGCUGGAUUGGUGGAACUCUUGAGCUGGUUAAAACCUUAAUUAAACCUUUUUUCUCCUGCAUGUUUACACCAUUUUCUUUACUUUUUUUUCGACUUGCAUUUUGAAAACGUUGCAAGUUUGUCUUAUAUCUGGGUGGAACCUUCAGGAUGUGUAGGUUGUGGAGAGUGAUUUGUUAAAUUUGAUUAUUAAGAAACGAAUAUUAAUACUGUAUGUGGUAUUAAGAAAUUAUGUGAUAUUGGGAAACGAAUUCCAAAAAUUCAAGACAUUUUAAGUUUGAUUGCCCACAACUUAAUUCAGUUUGACAUCCAAAAAGUCGUGUUCGUUAUACGUGUUAUGCUAAUGAGCACAUCCGAACACAACCUUUUUGAAUAUCAAAAUUAAGUUGUGAGCAUGCAAUCAUGCAGUCUUAAAUGUCUUCAAUUUUGGUGCAAAAUUAAUGUUGUUUCUGAAAUGAACAUGCUUUCACGAUAGAGUCAAAUAUAGUGUAUAGUAGUAUAGAGUCGGUGUUUUGUGUCUGAACUGACAAAAAAAUAGUAAAAACACUUCUGGUGGAGAGUAAAAUGUAAAACACCUCUACUUACUUCUUGAGAAGGGACCUAAUCUCUCAAAAUGUUGAAGUGUUUUAAUCUUUUUCAGGUAUAUCGUAGUUCGGACGCAAAUUAUAUUGUAUAAUGUCCGUAAUGCCAUAUAGGCAGACGUGAACUUCCGUUCGAGAAACUAAGGUUCGUCGCUUUUUCGGAUACUGAAAUUACUUAAGAAAACUGUAUGAACGUUUUUUAGUUGCUCCAACAAAUCAGCUCCACCCAGCCCAUGUCAACCUGGUGAAUUUUCAGCAUCUGGUACCAGUCAAUGUGAAAACUGUAGUAAAGGAUUUAUGUGUCCAGACGCUAAAAUGCAUUCUCCACUACCUUGUGUAAAUGGAACAUUUGCAAAUGAAACAAAAUCCAUCAUAUGUGAAAUCUGUCCGGCUGGAUAUACAUGCCUUGAUCCCAGGGAAACUCCAAACAAAUGUGGUGAAGGAUAUUAUAGUUCUGGUGGAAUAACACGAUGUGUCAUAUGUCCUGCUGGACACAGGUAAAAAUUACAGCAUAAUAACUAAUAUGCACAGGAGUUUAUUAUAGAAAUUUGAAAUACUGUAGUGAGUGCAUGUAUUUAAUUUUUUUAUUUCUGCUUCUCCAAUCCAUGUUUGAGAUAUCGUCAAAUUAAUAACUCGUUAAACUUAACCCUUAAAGUAGCAAUGCGCCCUGAGGCUCCCUACUUUAUUAUUUUACUCUGUCUAACACCACAUAAUUUUACUCGUCCAGGAGAGAGUGCUGCCAAUCAAUGGGUUAAUACAAGUUUGCAACUGCAAGAAGCGAUUGAAGUUCUUUUUGGCAUCGUAUUUCGAUAAAAUUGCACUACUCUUUAGCCAAUCAGAAUUGAGUAAUAUUUCAUGUGUAUUAUUAGCUUUUUUAAAAAUCCACGAACUCACGAAAUUAUCAUCGCGGUUUGUCAGAGGUUAACACUGGUGAGAAAUAAGUAAAAAAAACCCCAACGAUUCAACCGUUAUUGAACCGUAUAUGUUGCAUAUUAAGUGAAGUGAAGUAAUCUUUUUUCAAACUGAUUUAAUCUUCAAUUUCAGGUGUGUUGAUGCAUCUGCUCCAGAAAAAUGUCAGAAUGGUAGCUAUGCUAAAGCAGGCUCAGCGUCUUGUAAAGAUUGUCCUCUUGGUUUUCAAUGUCCAGAUGACGGAAUGGAAUCUCCUCUUGCUUGUGGUAACGGUACUUAUGCAAACACAACUGGUUUAUCAGGUUGUCAAACCUGUCCAGCAGGUUAUCGUUGUGGUGAUCCACGUUUGACACCCACACCAUGUGACGAUGGUUUCUACAGUGGUGCUGGUGCUGUGUACUGUUUGGAGUGCCCUGCUGGGUACAGGUAUGUCAGUUAUUAUGUCAGGUGUAUUUCAUAGUGAUUGCUAAAUGAUGCGAUUUGAGGCCGUCAGGUAAUUUCUCGUCGACCUGAAAAAUACAAGAAUAGGAUUCAGAUGUUUCAACCGUAUGCUCUUCGAAAGAGAAGUAGUAGAAAAUGUAGUAGGUUGUGCAAAUUAUCCCAACAUACAGAUUGAAAUAUACAUCACCAAAAUUCAGCAAAACCUCUAUUUCAAACUUGGCACCUCCAAUCCUGGCCUUAAACCCUGAUCAAACGAGGUCAUGCCCCGCGAUCAAACGAGAACGAUGAAAGUUGAUGAAAGUUGCUGGACAUUUUCGAUCAAACGAGCAUAAAUUCUCAUUAACUCUCAUCAAAAUUUGAACCAGCUCAAAGUUGACGAGAGUGCAUGGAAGUGGAUGAGAAUUAGCGGUCAAACUCUCAUCAACUUUUGUCAACUCUCGUUUGAUCGAGGCUUUAUGAAUGACUCUCCUUCACCUUGGUCAUCAUCAUUAAAUCCCACACAUUCUUCGCCCAAGAUUUCUCUGUUAAGUAUUAACUUUUGUGGUAAAGGACAUUCGUCGUCCUAUUUUCUUGUAUAUAUGUUUCAGAACAUAUCUAAUGGCUUUACCUAAAGUUCUGUUUACACGGAGUCAGGGUAGCCCUACUACAUGAAAGUAAGAAAGUCCCCUCCAGGUCGUAAUUAGUUGGAAUUGAUGGCUAAUUGUAUAAACACGUACUUAUACAAAUAGUUUAUUUUUCCAGUUGUAUACAAAAAGAUAAUCCUGUUGAUUGUGGUCAAGGACGCUACUCGAAAUCUGGUUAUAUGACGUGCGAACCAUGUCCUGUUGGUAGUUAUUGUCCGCUGUUAAGAACAGAAUCUCCCUGGCCUUGCUCUAAAGGAUUUUACAGCAUUAACAAUGGCUCGUCCAAAUGUAUUGAGUGCGAACGAGGUAAGAUUAUAGAAUCAGAAUGUACUGUAGCUCAAAGAUAUUUCCUGCCAUUUUGUUUUCGGUAUACUUUAUUUUUGCAAAAAAUAUCUUUCGAUGGAUUUUUUUUAAAGGGAAAUGGCAAUAUAAAUUUUUCUUUUCUCAUCUGAAAGAACUUUUGAAACUAUAUAUUAACUUCUUUUACCGAUUUUUCAUAUCUUGCUUAGUUCUUGAAAUAUUUUCACUUGAAGUAAUUUUUGAUCUCAUUAACGGUAGUUUUAGUGACGACACAACAGGGAUUAACCAUAUAAAAGUAUUCGUUGCUGACCAAAUAUUGAUUGGUAGAUGUUUUAAAGGUUUUGAGUGAUCUUGAUAUUUCGAUUGCCAUUUCCCUUUAUUAAACAAUAAUUGUUGUAUUAAUCCUUUCAGGUAACAGAUGCCCUAAUCCGUCUGCGUCACCGAUCCCAUGUAACGCUGGUUAUUACAGUGAUGCAAGAGGAUCUAUUGGGUGUCAAAAUGUAAGUACGCGUAUACAAUACAAUAAUAUAAAAUGAUAAUAUACGAAACACGCACGUUAUUUGUUGUACUACAAUAUAAAGUGGUAGACAUUUCAUGCUAGAAACAAUGCAUGAUUACGACAAUUGUCUAUCUACGGUCGCGUGGUACUAUCAAAUAACAACUUCCAAAUUGAUAUGGCUUAGAUUCCUUCGAAGGCACUUAUUAAUGUCGAAUUCUCUUUCAAAUUCCCUCUAAGGAAUUUUGCUCUAUAAUUAAUUACCGGGUUUUACCGCUAUGUUACUGGUAUACCGAUAAUAUCAAGCUUUUCAGGUAGUUGUAUCCCUACCAACGAAAGCUUGUUAUUAUUGGCACUACCUACACUGGUACAGACAAUUUAAGAUUGUACUGCAUGAUAAUAUGGCUACCGGUAUAAUUUUUCUGUUCUACCGAUACCAGAAGUCAGAAACAUCCCCUUGCGUUUAUGUGCUCUAUAUGUGUUUGCGGUGAACCGCAGAAAACUAUAACCACUCACACCUUUCGUUUUUAGGAUUUUCAAUUAUUUUGUGCCAUAUUUAGCUCUAACGUACUCGUUAUACAUUUUCUUAUGAGAUACAUCAGCAACUUUGUAUCUUGAAGGUGAUUCCUUUGAAGUGGUUCUUUCUUGAUGUAUGACAGAAAUUCUACACUUGAAUUUUUUAGUGUCCACCAGGAUUUUACAACACCAAACAAGGCCAGAUCAAGUGUGAAAGUUGUCCCGCUGGUUCACGUUGUCCAAAUAAAACUCAGGGACCCAUCCCUUGUUCAUUCGGACAGGUAAAUUAUUUCAAACGUGUAAAUCUUCUUCCUAAUUUUCGAUAAAGACACUGCCAUAUUCUUUUAUCAAAAUGAUUCAAUCAGAGCUAAGAACAAUAACAGAAACGAAUGGGACCUAAUUUAUACCUGUAGUUUCCUAUAUAUUGACUUGGUGAGUAAAAAAGAACAUGCAGUUUGAAGGUUCAACGUUUCUUUUUCGGCCACAUUAUGUGCGGUGGUGGAUACUAGGGGACACCUCCCCCCCCCCUCACCAUAAUUUUUGAAAGCCUUUGAAGGGUCGCUGAACAAUUACAUAACAAAGAUGUUGUAACAAAGAUGUUAUACAAUCAUUUUACAACCAUGAAAACAUUUGCCUAGAAUUUAGUGCAAGAACGUUUUAAAAAAAGCAAUUUGUAUCAACAAAAUGGUGGCAAUUAUGGCAACCCAAAUUCGCCCCUCUCCCCCAAUAUUUCGAAAAUUAUAUUUUACAGAUUACUUGUCUCAUAUUUUCUAUACCAGUCAGUUGACUUUACAUCCAUAUCAUUUUAUAUACAAUAUAGUAUUGAUCAAGAACGUUGUGAUAACACUAUAUGUCUUCUAUACGUGGUUGUGUAUAAUGCCAUAUAUGUUUCUGUGUUUAGUAUUCUCCUGAAGCCUCUCAAGAAUGUUUUGCCUGUCCAGUUGGUUUUGCUUGUACUUCCCCUGACGUUCCACCAAAACGUUGCCAGGUAUAUUUCAGAAAGAACUUAUAAUACUUUAUUUGAGAACUCUUUGCUAUCGAGGAAAUCACGCGGACACCAUUUGUGUCUAUAUUUCCUUGCGAGCACACCUGCUAUUCUGGUUGACCAUUAUGAAUUUCAUACAAAAUUACGAUGCUAUGAAUUGUCAUUUACUCAAAUCUGUAUUUUCAAUUUAUUGUUUAAUCGUUGAGUAGGUUCAUUCUCCAUUUGGUCGUACGACCAUGUCAAAGUAGCAGUUACAGUAUAAUUUAGUAUCGAUAUGCAACACAUAAAAGACAAGACUGUAUAGGACCUGGUCCACAUUAUUUUGCAUCAUUGACCAUUUUUGCUGGGACUGAAUGGGAACCAGGCUUUAUGCGUAUGUGUUUUGGCAGAUGCAUUCUCACAUGUAUUUUCUUUAUUUAGGCUGGUAAAUUCAGUAAUGGAACGGCGUGCGUUAGCUGUUUCACAGGAUAUUAUUGUCCAAGCAUGACUAUUCAACCUCUUCCCUGUGUUAAUGGUACAUAUUCAGAUAAAAGAGGGGCUGUUGCUUGUGACAUAUGCCCGGCUGGUUAUUCAUGUUUUAAUGUUUCUGAUCCUCCAAAAGAAUGUAAUAAAGGAGAGUAUAGUAUUGCUGGAGAUGCCGCAUGUAAGGUACUGUACAGUAUUGCAGCUAAUUAUCAAAUAUUGCUAGACACAAGUAUAAACACAAGCUCUAGACUACCCAGGACUGUUCAAACUGCUAUUUUCCUCAUAAUCAUCUAAUGUCUUAUUAGUAGUACUCUGUAGUACAUAGAUAGAUCAUUUGUCAACAUGAACCAGACACAAACCAUGCAUGCACGAACCAUGCACACUCGCCAUUUCAUUUGAGUGGAUUAGCUGCGCAGAUAUAGUUGUUCUUAACAGGUGGUUCGUUUUGGUCCGUACUGUAAUGUAUAUAUGUUCGCCAUAUUUAUACAAAGACAAAUUAUGAGACGAACGUAUCUUUUUUGGCCACGUUCGGUCGUGCAUGCAUGCAUGAAUGGCUUGUGUCUGGUUCAUAUUGACGAAUGAUCUAUCUACUGUAAGUACUGCUAGUCCAUACUAUAUGGGACAAAAUGUUCGUGAUUGUCUCAUCGUGAUUGUCUCAUCGUCUAUUGAAAGCAAUACGAUAUUGGUGGAUGACAUCAUCCUGUAACGUUGAACUUCUUAAUAUAUAAUGAUGCCCUAUACCUAUAGCCUACUUAAUUUGAAAAGAAACAUUGGAUCAGUAGAUAUUAACGACAUUUAGGGCGUACAAUAUUGUAGUCCGUGACAGUUUAAUCAAGAUACUGUAUAUAUACAGUUGCAGCGUGAAGUGUACUACAUCAAAAUACACAUGAUUGUACAAAAUUUGUAAAACCAAAAAAGCAUUUAUAUUGUUCAGAGAUGUUUAUGUGGUGAAUGUACCUUCAAUAUAGCAGUAAUUUGGUGUAUUUACUUUUGUAUAUUUAUAUUUUUAUAGGACUGUACACGUGGUUAUUACAGCAUGGCACGUGCGAGUGUUUGUCUGCCUUGUCCUGCAGGACAGAAAUGUCGUGAAGGUUCCAAGAUGAUCUCACCUGAAGAUUGCUUGGCUGGUACUUACAGCAGAGAAGGAGAGGACUUUUGUCAAGCAUGUCUCAUUGGUAAAUAUUAAGCUUGUUUUUAAUUUCAACCGUGUCCUACCAAAUCGUAGCAUGCGUUUUCUGAGCAUUACAGUGGAACUAAUGGUACUGGCACAAAAGAUCUAGAAAAUUCUACACGGUACGUUAUGCGAUACGUUUGAAGAGGCAAGCAUAUAAUAGGUUUUUAGUCUUGAGUUUACUUCGUGUUCCUUCUGUAUAUUGGAGAAAAGUACUUUAUUUACAAUGGGCUUUUGUCGUAACUACUUUUUGAGAUGGUGGGAUGACAUAUAGUAACUCCAAAGGGAAAUUAAACACGAAGGUUUUUACGUUGUACACACUGAACUGAAUCACCUUAUCAGCAAAUUUGUACUUCUGACACGAUUACUAAAAUUUAGUUAAGAAUUUAUUUUAUUUUAUAAGGAUAGCAUUAGACAUUAACAGCAGCGUGUAUUGGCUUGAUUAGUUCGCAUAAUAAUGACAAUAAAACAGCAUAGAAAUUCAAAUUAAAACACAUCGAUCAACAGAUUCAUCUUCCAUAUAUACAGUAUUUUGCAUAACAAACUAUGUAUAAAAUCAUGCUCAUUGUUAUGAAGACCUGUGACGAUCUAUCACAUUUCCAUCAAUGUUCUUAUCUAUAUUUCUCAUACCUCGUAGGAACCUGGAGUGGCAAUGCAUCAUCUACAUGUCUUCCAUGCUCUAUUGGAUUUACUUGUGAUGAUCCUUCUGAUCCAACUCCCUGCAUAUCUGGAACAUACUGGAGCAAUGUCGGAACUGUAAGUGCAUGAACAUCUUUCGCAAUAUUCUUUGUACAAAGUUGCUGACACAAACAUAAAACAUCCAGGCCUAAGUUCUAUUACCCUCUCGACAGCACGUUCAACGUUAUGCCCAAAUGAUAUAAAUCCUACUAGGGUAAUUUAUCCCUGCAGACCAUUAGGAAAUCGACUGCCUCUAUGUGACUCGUAGUAGAUGGCAAGGGUCGAUUGUACGAAGGCUAUCCGCCGGAUAGUGUUUUGUCAAGCUUUCUAAACUUGUUGAAGGGCUUUUGUAGAUGAAAGUGUAAAUUGUAUACAUUUUUAGAUCUAACCAGGAGCAACUGCGAAAAAUGCAACUAUAGCAGUAUAUCCCCUGCGGCUCUCGAUGCCCAGAGAGGGCCUUACACUCGAAAUUUAAACUUGAAAUUUCCAUGUCGUUUGUCUGUGGGCAUAAGAGAUUGGGAAUGACAUGGUAGUUUUCCUAUAGCGAGUGUGCCUUGUUCAUCACAACUUGCAAAAAUUACUAGAACCUAGUAAUGACGCUACCAUUUGCUCUAAACGACGCCAUAUUUGGUCGAUUUAAUCUUGUGAAUAUAAUUAUUUUAUAAAAGAAAUAGGAAGUAUUUUUUUCAUAUUUCCAUGCAUCGAGUAAUAAAAACACUUGUGGAAGUUUGAAAGAACUGAAAAUUGCAUGACAACAGUUGCCCUUUGUUUUUCCAUUGACUGUAUCAAACGUUCUCGUUUGAGAGGGGAGAGUUCUAAGCGUAAUGUUUCGUAUUUCUUAAGUAUCUGCUAUAGUAUAUACAGGGUGUCUAAAAAAAAGCGCUAUGGAAAUUCAACAGGCUGUCGUGCAUCAUAAACGUGGCUAAACAAUUAAAUUUUUACAUAAGACGAAAGAACAGUUAUUUAGCUUUUCAAUGAUACUCUUUUUAAAUCGUAACGAUGAGAAAUGGCCACAUACUCGUGAAAUAAAAAUUGCCGGUCGAAAUCACAUUCUUCCACCGUUGGGAAUUGCAUGGAAAACGAACCAUAGACAAUUCCCAAGAGGGAAUUAAAAUUGAAUGUUAAAUACUUAAAUUAUCUAAAAUGAGCUCAACUCGUCGAUCUUCGUCUUAGUGAGACAAUAACUCAAUAAGAACGUCCAUUAAACAUGGUUCAAUUAACCCCUGAACAGAGAACAUUUCGUAAUCAAAACGUUUUCCGAAACAAAUAGCUUGCAGCAGGCUCGCGUUGCUUUUGGAUUGACUAACUUUGCAUAAUUAAUGUAUUUUCAAUUCCCAACGGUGGAAGAAUGUGAUUUCGACCGGCAAUUUUUAUUUGACGAAUAUGUGGCCAUUUCUCAUCGUUAAGAUUUAACUAAAACGGUAUCAUAUAGAAGCUAAAUAACAGCUCUUUCGUCCUAUGUAAAAAUUGAAUUGUUUAGCUAAGUUUAUGAUGCACGACAGCCUGUUGAAUUUCCAUAGCGUUUUUUUUUAGACACCCUGUAUAGGUAUCUCUGAUGUUAUAUUUUCAAAGAAAACGUUACGAAUUUCAGCUAGCUAGUGUCAUAAUUAUAUCGAUAUGUCAUAAUUAUAAAAUAAAUUUGAGUGAAUAAUUUACCAUAAUUUUUAUACUGUUUUUUUUUGUUUAGAUUCCUAAGUGUAUAUCAUGUCCAGCUGGAUAUGAGUGUAUCAAUGUCACCCAACUACCCGUACCAUGUGAACCUGGCUCAUAUUCCCUGGAGGGGAAUUCAUCUUGUGUCUUAUGUUCUCCCGGUGAAGCAUGUCCUGAUCCUGCUACACUACCAAUUCAUUGUCCAGUUGGUACUUACAGCACAUCUGUAAGUUACUUUUUACCUGCUGAGAUUGCAUGUUAGAAGUUACACUAAUUUAUGGUUAGAUGGCACUUUGUACUGUAGUUUUUAAAAUAUGCAUCGUGUUGUUCAAAAGAGUUCAACUUGACCAGGUAAUAUAACCGUAGUAGUAUAACAACGUGCAGUCAGAUAGCAUUUUAACUUGAAAAUCCGUUUAUUUGAUAUAAAUUAUCAAUUUUCAGGGUUCCACAUCAUGUUCAGAGUGUCCUGCAGGUUACAGCUGCCCUAAACCAAGUACUGGCAUCACACCAUGUCCAGGCGGAUCAUAUUCUUUGAUUGGUGAUGCUAACUGCACACUUUGCCCUGCUGGUUAUGCCUGUCCAACCACUACAGAAACACCAUUCAGGUGUCAGCUAGGACAAACAACCAAUGGAAACAAAGGAUCCACAAAUUGUACAAAAUGUCCUGCUGGAUUUCAGUGCCCCCAACCUGAGUAAGUAUGCUUGAUAAAUAUUUUGUUUACAAAAUGCUCCAACUAAAACAUAUAUACUGAACAUAUACUAUAUACUACUUUGUAAUAAACAUAUACUACUUUGUCUCCUAUACAAUAUACAGCUAAACCAUAGAUAAACAGAGAAAAUAGAUGAAAAUAUGUCAUACUAAUAAUUCAAUUCAUAAAACAAUUCCUCUGUUUGGAAAUUUACACUAAGCCUUGCAAUUUAUAAUUUUUCCACCCACCAUAGCAAACACUAUUGUUUUAGUAGAUAGACUGUUUAACGACGUUUAAGCGUGUUGAAGAUUAAUGUUUGGCUAACACAAUUCCUAUAUUUUGCAGCAUUAAUGCUGCCUGCGCCUAUAGAAAUACACUAUUCUAUAUUUGCCACUAUCCCUCCCUCCCCCACCCUAAACAUGUUGGGUGGCUGGCAAGGAACAUUUUGCGCAGGUAUUUCCACACACAACAUUGAACGGAGGGUGCCGGGGGUCGAUUAUGUUGUAAAUGUACGCUCUUUUGCUAUUUUGUCCAAAGUGUUUUGUCACUGAUUGUAGUUCAAUUAUGGCCUUACUCGCCUUGUUGAAAAGUAUUAUUUACUUCUGCUUAAAUUUGUUAAAUACCUUUAUUUGUUAAAUACCAUGCAGUGUUUUUAUUUCACUAAAUCUACUCUUUCGCUUGUUGCUGUCUACUUUCCCGUGCGGUUUCCAACAAAAAAGUGGCGGACAAAGUCUGAUAAGUUGCAUGGCGAGAGAAUGGCUAAUAAAUUCACAUUUAUUAUGGCGAUAGUUGCAAGUUUUCCCAGCAUUAAAUCGAUAUAGUUGCUGCUGUUACUAACUGAAUCAAUCUUUGUUGAGUAUAACUACAAAGAAUCAUCCAGUCUUAAAUCAUUUCACUCUGAUUUAAUUUAUUUCUUCCGUGUAGUACCAUAAGAUAGUAAACACUGGCAGCGAGGAAAAUGGCAGUAUGUCUUGUGAACCCGAGACUGCCAGUGUUUCCCGAGGUGAACCGAGGAAGACAUUGACAUUCGCAGGUCCACAAAAUAUACUGUUUCCGAAAGUCCCAUUCACUAAAUGUUUUAUUAUAUAUCAAAUGUAAAAGAAAACCAGUGACAUGAAUAUAACUGGAACGUUACCUCCAACCGGAAAUUUGAUGCCAAACUUGAAGGCCAGUCCCAGUGUUUCACGCAUGUGAAGAGCGCUCAAUCAGUCAAUCAUGCUAUAAACAAGCGUGUCUUGACCCCCCUCCCCCCAUUUGGCUUCAAGAGAAAGAUUGGCAGUUUAUCUUAAGGUAGCGUUCCAGUUUUAUUCAUUUCAAUGAAGAAAACAAAGAAACGGGAAAGCUCCAUAAUUUUUGCGCCUAACUGACCAAUAUACCCUUAAGGUACAUCAUCUUGGCCAUAGAACCUCGUUUUCGUGUGUGUGAGAUUAAUUAAUGCCCAACGCCUCAAUCACGAAAACGAGGCUCUGUAGUCAAGAUGACGUACUGUACACUCUGGAAAGGUGUAUUAUUUAUACACCAGUGAAAUGUAUUGUCCACCGCCCAGAGCUGGUGCCAGGAGAACUGUCGUAUUUCAUGACUUUCCAUGAUACGCUCUCGUCCAAUGAGAUGCAAGAAUACAUGAACUUUGACACCAGGUGUAUAAUAAAUUGUGUUAUCUUUAAGUAUUACAAAGUUUUUUUGCUAUUAUGGAUAUUUUUGUCAUCUAUUUCUCAUUGUUUCUUGGUAGAGAUACAAUGCAAGAGUGCAGUACGGGUUACUACAGUCUUGGCUUUUCUGUGACAUGUUUUAUCUGCCCUGCAGGAAGCAAGUGUCCUGCUAAAAAUGUAAGUGUUGUUGUUUUAAAUGCAUGACUUGUCUUUCCGCCUAAGAUAAGGUUUGUUGUGUUGUUCAUUAGGGCCCGUCCAACUCACUGCAUCAUGUUGGUUCAACAUUAUCCUACAAUGUUGGAUACCGCAUUGUUAGGUCUGCUUGCACCUCACGUUUGAUAAUGUUGGACCAGGUUUGAAUCAGGUUCAGCGGAGGCCAGUGAGGCAGCACAUCGUUCUUGACACUGCUAACGUUUCUCCCGAGUUCACUCGGCCCAAUCUUUCGUGCGAUCUAUAUACUACAUAGCUAAGAUAAGCUAAGAUACAGUAUCUUAAUAUAUACGACGUAGACGUCAGCUAUAGUAGGACGUCUUGGCUGAGCACUGGGACUAGAACGUCCCCCAAAUAAACUGAUAGCUUAAGAUUUGAAUUGUCGUGUAAUACAUUUUGUUGAGUGUGGUAACAAUAUUGAACUUAUUUUCGUUAGCAACAACCAGAAAACUGCUCUCCUGGAGAAUACAGUUUAAGUGGCUGGGAAAACUGCACAUCUUGUCCACCUGGUGAAGCUUGCCCUUCUCUAACAACGAAUUCUGUUAACUUCAUGUGUCGUAAAGGUGAGUGUAUUGUUCAAACAAAGGGAUAUGGUAUGGUAUCGUGUAUGAAAUCCCCUGGGGGCUUUAGGCCCCGUUUACAUGAGACCUGAACGAAGUCAAACCGGGACCAUUUCGUUUCGGUCAUAGUAUUAUUUAUAAUAGAUGUUUACAUGAGACCGGGACAAAAAUAACUCAGAUCGGUCUCAAGUCAUUCCGCCUACUGGACCGAACCAACUGACUUCAGACCGGCAAGAAUUCAGACCGGGAUGAAUGUAAACACAAAUACAUUUCGUCCCCGGUCUCGGCUGUAACCUUGAAAUUGGAACAACAUAUGCUAAUUAAAUCUAAAAAAGAAAAUUGCCUGGCAAGGGGAAUAAAUUGAAAAUUUUGUGAUUUUCGUACCAGUCUCGUGUAAACGUGUUAACAAUUUCAAUUUUCAUUCCGGUUUGACUUCGUCCCGGUCUCAUGUAAACGGGGCCUUAGUUUCAUUUUUGACUUGGGGUAUUGAAAAGGGCUGAAUACUUAGUACACAUGUGCUUCUGUAUUGUGAAUGGGACGAGGGGGUUCAAUAAAUUGCUUCGUGGGCUUAUUACAGAGAGGGCUGCUUGGGGGGGGGGAGAAAUUGUUUUUUGGGGAGGCUUAACAGAUUAUUUUGCUUACUAUAAUUGUACGUUUGUGUGAAAAAUACAACAAUUUAAUUUUAGGUAUAUUCACCAUGGGCGGAUACUGGUCACGCGGUCGUGGCAGCCAAUGACUUUGCUGCCGUUCUCAUUUAAGAAUAAUAAAGAUAAAGUCCUAGUAGCUCGAAUUUUAAAACUUCACGAGCGUUAGCACAAACAAAUGUUGAUUGUGAGAUAACAUACAGCAGUAUUCAUACGCCAUAUACAGCAUAGUACAGUAUUAGAACUAACUCUCUGUUCCACGUACCAGCUUAUGGGGAAUCAUUCGAUAAAUAUACUGAUCUUGUCUGACAGUUCGUUUUAGUGAUAACUUUUCUAUAAUAUUUGUGUUUAUCAGGGACGUACUCAACAGGAGGUGCCCAAUAUUGUACAGCAUGUCCAGCUGGUAAAUACUGUCCAUCUACUACUAAUUCUACUGAGAUACCUUGUUCUCCUGGAUCUUUUUCAUAUGGCGGAGUUGCUGUGUGUCUUACAUGUCCUAGUGGAUGGAAAUGUCCGAAUACUGAUGGGUCUGGUAAUGCAAGGUGCCUGCCUGUAAGUAAUGGUCUACCAAAUACUGUAUGUAAAGUAUUUUUAUGCAUUCUCAACAGUGUUACUUUCUGCAUGAGAAUAACAAUUUAGCUUUCUGCUCUUACCCCUAAAACUCCUAACAGCUUAAUUGAUCUUUGCGUUUAGAACGCGUGCCAAUUGCUUCUAGAACGUGUUCCAACUCUUCUAUGUUGUUUUUCCGCGUUUUCUGUUAUGUUAUUUCGAGACAGUACUGUACCUGCAAUAUGUAAUGAUAUUGUUUAGGAUACAUAUUUACUGAGUAAUCAGACUAGAUGUACAGAUUGUCGAUCUUAAUGUAAUGAUAUAGGGUACUUAUUCACUGGGUGGUAAUCAGACUAGAUGUACAGAUUGUCCAUCUUAAUGUAAUAUAUUUCUUAUGAUACUUAUUCACUGGGUAAUCAGACUAGAUGUACAGAUUGUCUAUCUUAAUGUAAUGAUAUUGUUUAGGGUACUUAUUCAUUGGGUAAUCAGACCAGAUGUACAGAUUGUCCAUCUUAAUGUAAUAUAUUGCUUAUGAUACUUAUUCAGUGGGUAAUCAGGCUAGAUGUAUACAGAUUGUCUAUUUUAAUGUAAUAUAUUGCUUUUAAAAUACUUAUUCACUGGCUAAUCAGACUAGAAGUACAGAUUGUCCAUCUUAAUGUAAUGAUAUUGUUUAGGAUACUUAUUCAGUAGGUAAUCGGACCAGAUAUACAGAUUGUCCAUCUUAAUGAAAUGAUAUUGUUUAGGAUACUUAUUCAGUAGGUAAUCGGACCAGAUAUACAGAUUGUCCAUCUUAAUGUAAUGAUGUUGUUUAGGGUACUUAUUCAUUGGGUAAUCAGACUAAAUGUACAGAUUGUCCGCCGGGGUAUGCUUGUCCAUCCAUUUACACGGACGAUAAGAAAAGUUGUGAAGCUGGAACAUAUUCUGCUGGGAAACAAACGGUGAGAGGCCGAAUAUUAAUCGUAAUAUUUAUCUUUUAUUUACUUGGUUUGCCACAACGGUUGGAAAAAGCUCAGUAAUCUAUAGACAGUUAUAGUGUACAGUAUAUCAACAAUAGUAAGUAUAACAACUAAUAAACGAAAUAUGUGCGCGGAUUGCUAUUAACACAUAUCUGACAUUAGUAAAUUUCUUAUACAAUCCUCGACAUCAUGUUCAUUAGUACCGUCCAGUUUGCUUCUUAUUUCGUAAAUUUGAGAGAAAUGAUAAAAGUAUUGUGGAACGAAUUUACUAAAUAUAAGAGAGAAGUAUAACUCUAACUCUUUCCUCAUAUAGCUAUGCACAGUUUGUCAACCAGGUUUCAAGUGUCCAUACCCAGAUAGAAAUACAAUGACUGAAUGCAAAGAUGGUAGUUAUAGUAUUGGAGGUAAACCAAACUGUACAGAGUGCCCUGCUGGCUUUGCUUGCCCAUCAAAAACAGAUGAUCUUCAAAUACCAUGUUAUCCAGGAAGUUACACUUUAGAUAAAGCUAGGGUAAGUAAAUUAUAUACGUCUCAGUACCAGUAGCGUAACCUGACGUUUUCCGGCACGAGGGCGUUGUUAUCAAUACGUAGCAAAAACGCGGUAUUUAGUCGUUAAGUUAAUUAAUAUAGUAUUCUUUGUUUGCAAUGACGUAAUUUUGGGAUUUCAGUUGAAGGGCAGGUAUAACAAAAACGGCUAUUUUAAUGUAUUGAUCGAGUUUAAUACUCAAAAGAUGAAUUACCGUUCAGUUUUUCUUGCUACAACCAUUCUGAUAGGAGAAAAAUCGUCCACAAGUUGUUUGAUUGCCCGUCAUUUGGAUGAAAAUCACGUGAGCGAAUCAAAGAAAUCGGGCAUUUCAACCUCGUUCCCAGGCUCGUACCUCUUCUGGAGGAGAGACCCUGGUAGGAGCUGGUCACGUGAUCUGCUAAAAUCUAGCAGAUUUCUAAUUAACUAUCUUGGAUUUCUUUAAAAUCAAAUCAAACUUGCAAAACAAAAUGCAAGUUAUAAAAAUAUCAAAUAUUUAUCAACAUCAUCAUCAUUUGUUGUAAAGAAGCUGAGCAUUCAGAUAUCCGAUGGUAAGGAUGGUUCUGGAGUAGGGCUAUUUGUUCAGUUACCUGGAAUAAUAUAGAGUGCAUUGUAUAUAUGCCUAUACAAUGCAUUCUAAAAACACCCUCAUUAAAAUUUUCCUGGUUAAUCUAGAAAUAACCCUAUUUGGGUUAACUUAAUAUUCCUAGUUAAUUUUCCUGGUUAUUUUAUCUCAGUUCUUACCAUAGUCUGGUUAAUAUAACCAGGAAUUUGGAAAUAUUUGACCAGGACGUCCUGGUUAAAUUAACCAGACUAUGUUAGGUGGACAAACAACCAGGGCCCAAAUAGAGUUAUCUCUAGGCUAACCAGGGAAAUUUUAACCAGGUUGUUUUAAGAGUGUGUAUUAUUGUUAAUAGUACAGGUGUGCGUCUUGUAAAGUUUAAUUACCAAUUACCGUACUCUCAAUAAUACUUGUAUAUUUUAUUUAGACUUGUUCACUUUGUCCACCUGGUCAGUUUUGUCCUAAUGUUUCAUCUAUUCCGAUUGAUUGUGCUGAUGGAUCUUACUCCCUCGGUUCAGUGACAGCAUGUAUUUCAUGUCCUGCUGGAUUUUAUUGUGAUGUGAAGUAUUCAGCACCUAGACCAUGUCAACCUGGGAAAUAUAGCAAUAAAUCUGCAACUGAAUGCUCAGAUUGUAGUCCGGGUUAUGUUUGCGCGGAGGGUAGCAGUUCUGCUAAACCAGGUAUUUAGUCAUACACUUCGAUUUAAUCGCUAGCGACUAAAUGGUUGUGACUCAAAUCGUAUUUUAGGAUAACGUAUAUUUUAGCAGUAAUUAAAAUAAUUAUAUCAUUUUAAAUUUUAUGUUAAUUAUUUUCAUGUAUGUCCUGUACAUGUAGUAAAAAGUCAAUGGUAACGUUAUUUUGCUAUUUUAGGUUCAGGUAUGUGUCCAAGUGGUUAUUAUUGUCCUGAUGGUUUAAAGAAAGAGCCAUGUCCAGCUGGAACAUAUGGAAAUACAAGUGUGGCUAAAUCUGAACAAGAAGGUUGUCAAUCAUGUCCUCCAGGAUUCUUUUGUCCUCAAGGAACUUCUGGAUAUCCAACUGCAUCGUAAGUGCAAGUUCACGUUGAUUAUGUUUGGUUGUGCAUUGUGAUCCAUGACAUCAAAGUAAUCCAUUAAGAUAACGUUUUUGAUUUAUUGUCGCUAAUUUAUAAUCUGUUUGUAACCCUGGCAUGAUCGCUAAACGAGAUAGCCUUGUAUUCUAUCUUGUAUUUAUAUGGGAACAUUUUAUCCCUAUGACUACAAUCUCUGCCAAAAACUAUGGGGACAGUAGUGUGUGGCAGUAUACAGAGCAGUAAAUACAGUAGUGUGUGUGUGUGUGUGUGCAAUAUGGGCGCUAAAAGGAUGAUGGGAAUAAUCAUAGUUUUAAAUCUGUUUAGCAUAUCAGUAGCCUCGUGAGGAUACUUUUAGCGACAGCUCGCAAUGCAAAUGAAGUUUUAGAAUAUGCAAAAUUUGGUUGUUGGUGAAACAAUUUAAAUUUCUGGUUGUCACGUGUAGCAUCACAAUAAUUAAAUAAAUAAAUUGUAUCAGUUCCACGAGGCAUGACCUUUCUGAUGUGUUUGGCUUGUUUCAAACGUCGCGCUACUUAUGUGUCGAACGCAUUAUUAAAAACAAUAGAUAAUGAGAUGAAAUGCCUAUGGUAACUGUUUAUUUCGUGGUGUAAGCCAUUAGCUUUACCGAACAGAAAGUCGUCAUGCCCAAAUAAGAGCUCUUGCAAUCCAACAUUUAAUAAACAAGUUAUGAAGGGAGUGAUAAGGAAUUGUUUAUCUCUUAAAAAAUGUUAUUCUAAUCCACAUUUUUGAAUAACGUGCCUACUCUAGCCAAUACCUGCUCUAGCCUGUGCUUGCUACUGUUCUAGGUUGUCGGCGACCCUAUAUAAUAUAGUUCUUGCAGUGUCUUUUUCAAUUUGAAACUUUACACUAUCUUGGAUCCCCAGUGUACUAAUAAGUUUACAAUAUGUUACUAUACAUUUAUUUAUUUUUUCAGGAUCCGAUGUCCUCCUGGUCAUUAUUGUGAACUGAAAACGGAAACUCAGUUCCAAUUUCCUUGCCCUGAUGGCAUGUACAAUAACAAGUGGGGAUUGGAAAGGGAAAAUCAGUGUAGUGAGUGUAAUGCUGGGUAUACAUGUACAGGAGGAGAUCCUGGUGGGGAUAAAUUAUGUCCACAUGGACAUUAUUGUUUUCGUGGAAAAACUCAAUGCCCUACUGGAGAGGGAACUGGAACAGGAAAUAUUUCUCCAUGCAAGUGUCCUGGUGGAACAUUCACUGAACAGCAAGGAGCUACACGUAAGUUCACUGAUAAUGCCUACAUCAUGUAGACAACAUGGAAAUACGUUUAUAGUCUGGCAUGAGUAAAGACUUUUCGCUGGCGUUACGCUCGCGCGCGCAUUAAAAAAUCUCGAACCCAGGUCGCUUAUAUAUGUUCGACCAACUCUGUAUUACUCUGUAUAUACAGUCGAAACAAAACUUGAAAAUACGGCGACCAUAGUAACAGAGCCAAUUACGGGCCAAACAGCUAAUUUGUAGAGAUUUUGGGGGUCAAACAGUGAAAGUGGGAGUCAUUGGUCGCAAUUGAUUAUCCACCGCAUUAGGAAAACCUUUGUGCACGAAAAAAUUCGGACCCACUCUUACCUCGGUAACUUUUCUUCUUCCUGCUGCAAAUGCGUUGAUAUGGUAUUUGCUCGAUGGCAUCGGUAAAGAAAGAGCAAAAUCACUGACAAAGUUCCAACUGUGGAUUAAGGUGGAGCUAGUCUAAAGACAAAAGCUAGUUAAAAUAAGUAAUAUUUAUGGAUUGUUUUGCCAUGCAAGUUUAUAUUGUGUUUCAGAAAAGUCUCAAUGCAAGACAUGUCCAGUUGGUUAUUAUUGUCAUAGUGGAACUGCUGAACCUCAAGCUUGUCCUCCUGGAACGUUCAAUAACAUGCCGGGACUGUCAGCUGAUUGCAGGUCUGUGUUCUUGCUUACAUGCACUGUGAAAGAAUAAGCAUGAUUUCUAGGUCAUUUCCCUGCACAUGUCCUUUGAUGUUUAUUAUUGAGUAAUCCAUAUAGCUACAGGUAAUACACUGUAGGUGGUUUUCGCCUUACGUCGUCGCUUCCAUGUUGUUUUGUUUGCAAUUUCAUCCGACAUGGCGAAAAUCUUUUUGUUGGAUCACUGAGGAUUGGUUGGAAACCAUCAAUAAUUUAUGCAUUGUUUCUGAAACGUCGAUUGCACAUGGUCAGCGUCUUCAGUUUUGUUUACUUCGGGUAAUAACCUAAUCCUGACAAUGAUCCCAACCGCUGACCCUCACCUAUAAGCGGCAAUCUUAGAAAUAAGGGAUAUAAAUUCAUAGAUUUACUGUAUGUUAUUUGCAUAUAUUUUAACAUUAUAUUAAUCGAGUUCAAUGGUUUUUGUUACUGUACAAUGUAUUUUUAUAGACUUUAUAACUAUUUGUAAUUUGAAAAUUGGAACAAAUUGUUCUUCAUAUAGUUACCUUUAUCUAUAUCUUGCUUAUUUUCAUCAAAUUUAUCAGUCAAAUUUUUCAUUUAUGGAAUACAUGUUCAGCUUCCCCCGUUUUUAGUGUGAAGUUUCUUCGAAACUUCACAGUAUUGUGAUGGUGGGGAAAAUUCAAACGAAACAGUCAGUCAGUCAGUCAUUCAGUCAUACAGUAAACUUUCCGGGGGGCGUGUACGAUUUAUGUUCGUAGUGAUUUAUUGUGCUUAGUCAGUACUUUGAAGGUUAUUUAGGCAAUUUCAGUUAACUUAUUUACAUAUUCUGUUAUCCUUUUACCAAGUUCACAAAAAUUUCGAGCAAUCGCUUUCGUUAUUGUAAUUCUUUGUAAAUUUUAGAACAUUCGCUUCUCAUGUUGUGUAAAGGAUCUUUACCCCGGAACACCCGAUUUUUCUUUAGUAGCGCAAAUGCGCAUGCGCUAUCAAGCCGUAGAUCACGAUGGCGUGACGAUAUGCUAGGAAGGAGUGACAGUGUUGUUUUCAGAUGUAUAAACAUUUCAGACGUGAAUAUUGAGUAAAUCUUUGAAAAUCUACGCAAUAUAUAAAUUGAUCUUAUGCAUUACGGCCGUUCAAUUAAUAAGUGUCGAUAAUAUUUAGGCGGUAUAUUCAUUAUACAGAGCUAGGAAGGAGCUAGACCGCCUAGACAGUGCAUUUAAGACUCAAGUGUAUAAACAUUUCAGACGUAAAUAUUGAGCCGAAAAUCUUUGAGAUUCUAGGCAUUCAAUUGAGUGCUGAUAUUAUUUUCACGGUAUACUCAUUAUACAGGGGUACAGUAUGUACGAAGAAGCGAGACAGUGUUGUUUUUCAAAUAUAUAAACAUUUCAGACAUGAAUAUUGAGAAAAUCUUUGAGAUUCUACGCAAUAAUAUGAUAUAUAAAUUGAUGAGUAUGGUUACCGGCGUUCAAUUAAGUGCCCAUCGAUAGACGAUAUUAUUUAGACCGUGUAUUCAUUAUACAUUGUUAUUUGACUGUAUAAGGUGCCACAUCACAGAAUAGUACACUCAGUCAAAGAGCGAAAAAUUGCAUCAGAUCAAUAAAGCAUCAACAACUAUUAAACAGAAGCGGGCGUUCGUACAGGCGUUUAUGAAGAAAAUAUUGCGAGACGAAGGAAAUCAGUUGAGUCAGAGCUCCUUAUUUUAAUAAGAAAGACGAGGAGAUAGCCAAUAUGUUAUCGCCAACGUGUUAUCGCCAAUCGCUUGGCUCACCAACAAGCUUUAUGCAAUGGAAGAAAAAAGCAAGGAGGUACAUGUAGCCAACGUGUACUGUCGCGGACCUUGUUUACUGUCUAGCACAACGCCGUUGUCAACGGUGCAAAUUCGUGUUCAGUGCAACGUUAACUCUACCAGAUCUUACGAGAAUUAAUCUGUAGUAUUCUGUACACAGAACUGUAUCAAAGCUUGUCAAAACUGCUUUAAACACUGCUAUAACUGUGAAACUAUUGAAAUCUAAAGUGACAUUAUUCAAAACAUGCGAAAAGCUAAAAAUAGACACAACGUGACACUGGGAAAAGUCAAAGGUCAAUGCGGACUUGUUAUUGUAAAACAUGUCACAAUUAGGUUAAAAUGCGGAAGCGGAUGGAGCGGACCACAGAACGGAAAUGCGAAAAAAAUACGGAACGGAUGAAGAUAAAAUGCUUCCUUUCAAUGAUGUAACGACGUAGUGCUUAUUAUUUAUAACAUAUCGUAUACAUCUAUUUCAAUUAUAAGUUUGCAGUAGCCUUGUGCGGAUGCUUUUAGCGACAGCUGCAAUUGAAAUUUCGAAUUGUCGCGUGUAGCAUCACAAUAAAUAGAUAAAUUGUAUCAGUUUCACAAAGCACGUUUCUGAUGUGUUAGGCUUGUUUCAAACGUCACGCUACUCGUGUGUCGAGCGCAUUAAAAGCAAUAUAUAAUGAGAUGAAAUGCCGUUGGUGAUUGUUUAUUUCGUAGUGUAAGACAUCAGCUUUUCUAGGUUGUCAGCGACCCUAUAUAGUUCUUGCAGAAUCUUUUUCAAUUUGAAACUUCACACUAUCCUUGGAUCCCUAGUUUUCAGUUGUAUAGAGGAACUAGAGAACAAUUUAGAACAAACCGGAGUAUUGCAUUGUUAUUGAUUGCAUUACAAUCAUAAAAUGAAACGUUUAUGUUAUUAUCUGUGUUUUGUUUAGACCUUGUUUUGCUGGCAUGGCAUGUCCUCUGUAUGGUCUAUCCUGGCCAACACUGACAUGUAACGCAGGCUAUUACUGUCCUCAAGGAUCAUCUAGUCCAAAUGCGACAUUGAAUGCAUGUCCUGCUGGUACUUAUACAGACUAUCAUAAUUUGACUCAUUCUCGAGAAUGUACACCAUGCCCUGCUGGCCAGGCCUGUGAAGCUGGGACUGGAGGGAGACAAAAACCUCCACAACUUUGUGCCAGAGGUUAGUGCAUGCUACUACUUGGAUCAGGGGGUGCAUGUUUAUAUGAGCCUUGCAUGAAGGACUGGCCCUACCGGGCGAAAUCCGCGCGCCAACUGAAAUCCUUAUUAGAAAUUGUUUUCGUUUAUAUGAGAGGAGGGCCAGGCGAGGUCUCGCUCUUGACUCCCCGAGAUUUCGCCUAUAGUAGGGCCAGCCCCUCAUGUAAAUUUCAGAUAUAAAUGCAACCGGGUGGGCUGGAUCUCUUAGUAGAGCUGAGUUAAAAAGCCUGCCGUAUCCGUAUCACAAGGUUUUUGCGAUUCAAAUAUAAAGCUCUGGAACAAUAUAUUCAAUUUUAUGUUGGUUAUUGUUCGCAAAUUUGCUUGGCAGAAUACGGUUUUAGACUUCGUAAUAAAAUAGAUGAGUUGAGUGAAGCCAUGUAGGGAUCAUGUAAACACCCCUUCGGGUGUUUAUUUCCGUGGUUUUUGCACAUGCAUCGGUUGCCACAGACUGGUUGCUCAAUGUAAGUUAACAGUAUUCGAUUCACUGUGAUAUGAUCAGUCCACUCAAUGGAUCAAGUUAUCGGGUCAGUGGAUCAGUCCCAUAUGGAAAGAGUUUAUUCGGAUUCUCCAGGUUUCGUUUGACUAGAACUCUAAGGAGAACUGUGAGAGCUGUCCACUGUAAAAUGUAGAUAAAGAUGGUUUAGCUUGGUUUAAUUUAACUACACGGUAUACUUUCGUGAAACUGUGUUACAAAAUAUAAUAAUUAUUUAAUUUUGCCUUCGUAGGUCAUUAUUGUCCUAUGGGUACGCGAAAACCUACCCAAUACCCGUGCACUGCUGGUUCCUGGGGUAACCUGACCAACCUUGAGAAACAAGCAGAUUGUUAUCAAUGUCCUAAGGGUUGGUACUGUCUUGAAGGAAGUGAUAAACCUACUGAUCUCUGUGAAACUGGACAUUUUUGUCCGAGAGGUAAGGAACAUCCAAGAUAACGUACAACACCACCCUAAAAUCCUCUUCAAAACAGACACCUCUCUAAUGCGGACACUUGCUGUGUCCCUCCAUGCAUGAGUGUUCUAAUUUGAGAGCGUUGACUGUAUACCAUACGUUAUAUAGUAUCUGUUUUGGCUUCGGUAUAUAUAUGACGUUAUGAUAUGUAAUACACUAUAUAUACAUUAUACAGUAUAUGAGCGGCCGUGUUGUAUAGAUAUACAAACUCGACCUGAGGGCGAGAGGUUUUAUGUUUGAUACAACACCGACGCGAAAGCUGCAUAUUGCUUGUGAAACGUAAGAAUUUUAAAAGUUGUGUUCCUGACAACUGUGCAUUAUCCUAUUCAUGGGCAGAAAUUACGGACAUAAUAUAUAUUACUUCCUUACUAAUUUACAUAUCACGUUGAGAUUCAACUGUAAACAGUGAAUUGUAUUACGCCAUUGACAUUGUGAGAGUAAGAUUUUGCAACUUAAUUGCCGCACUUGCUGGAAGCAAAACAAAGUCUUUCGAAGUAUUUAGUGUAACAUUGACCGGGUUUUGGUCACUAUCCAUCCUGCAUUUUAGUUUAUUCUGAGUGUGGUACAUUUAUAUCUUUUUUAUAUAUUGUAUAUAAACAAUGACCUAACUUUUGUAGAAAUAUAGAAAAAAUGAAAAAUUAGGCUCGUUGGAACUUAUGUAAACGAAGCCAAUAUUACAUUAAAUAGUUCGACAAACUUUGUAUUAACCAUGCUUCCGGCAAGUGUGGUAACUUGCGAACGACCUAACCUUAUUCGCAUAUUAUGUGAUUUACAACAUCGCGCAAUACAAUUUACUGUUCACAGUUGAAGCUAUGUUUUAACGUGACAUGUAAAUUAGUGAGGGAGUGGAAUAUGUUGCGUCCGUAAUUUCUGGCCUGCAUGUUAUGUGAUAGUUACGUCAUUGUCAGCCUCGAUCUCCCAUCCUUGUUUCAUGUGCACUCAGAAUAUGCUGGAAGUGUCUAUUAAAAAAAAUAGAAAUUAUAGGCAGUACCAAAUAUAUAAUUUGUUUUACUAGGCACUCGUUAUGGAACCGAAUUUCCUUGUAGUGCUGGGACAUUUUCAAAUCGUACUGGUAAUGUGCGCUGGGAAGUCUGUGACGACUGUCCUCAAGGUCAUUACUGUCCAGCUGGAACUUCUGUUCCUAAGAAAUGUCCCAGAGGAUCAUACUUGGAAGAAAUCAGAGCCCGGGUAAGGAAAAUAUCUUAGAGAAAAUAUCUUUUUGUAUAAUAAUGAUUGUUCACAGACAUCAAUUAGCAGAAGGGUUGAGAAUUGUUUCUGUCGAUCACGUGAUUGAUUGAUUCAACGACACAAUAAAGCUCCGUGGGCAAAUUUUUCUGGGAGGGGGUUUGAAGUCCCAACCAACUACUUAAAUUUUCUUGAAUUAUAGUCUUUUACAUAUUUGCAGUACCGGUGAAAUGAUUUACCAGGGUUUAAAAUAAAUAUUUUGAAAUUAGAUAUAUUUCUAGGCUGUUUGGUACAUGUACUUUUUGGCGAUUUGUUCAGGUUUCAUGCUUUGAUGGCCUUAUCCAGAAAAUACCCCACCACCCAAAAAGACUGCAGGCCCUUAAUACCAAGGACACAGAUCAAAUUUCGAUUUUCCAAUCUAGAUUGACAGAAAGAUUACAAAGUGUGCAUCAAAAUUAGACUGCACGUGCUGUUAUCUUUUUAAACAUCAAAUUCACAAAUUUAAACAUCAAUGCCCAGCAUAAUGUAGGUAUACAUAAGCCAUCACAAAAUGAAAUUUUAAAACUCCUUAAUUAUGCGCAUUAUGCAUGCUGGGCAUUGAUAGCCAUGCUAUUUUAAACGAUGUUUACCCAUAGAAACUUUGUACUUCUCUAGGAGAGUCAGGGUCCCGCUCAUAGAAAAAAUAUCUGAAAUACUAAUACAGAAUUAAACCCAUGCAAUCUCCACUAAUCAACAAGGUUGCCUGUGGACAUACGUUACUUUUUUAUUACCCAUAACAUUGCAGUCAUAAUGAUCUCACUUAAUUUUGAAAUAUUAUAUUCUAGAUUGUUUCAGAGUGUAAAACAUGUCCUGCUGGUUACGUAUGUGCUGAAUCAGGCACUAUUUAUCAUGAACAAUGUGGGAGAGGAAAUUACUCCGUAAGUGUUGAUGAGACGUUCUAGUUUCGUAGUACUUUUUCUUUAUGAUAUUAAGGAUUAACAUUCAAGCAUGAAAAUCUUAUAAUAUUAGCAAAAAUAUUGCUGUCACUAAAGUUUGGUAUGCAAUAUCAACACAAGCAAUGCCUCCCCCCGUCCCCCUAAUGGCUUUGAAAAACCGAGGGAAACGUUUCUUGUGAGUUUCAUUUUGUUCAUGACGCCACACGUUCUGUUUCCGAUUUUAUACGCUUAACCUUAAGUCGAAGUGUUACUGUAUGUCUCAUGCUUAUUGUAUUUGGCUGUUUUGCUGUCUUUUCUAAACCGUGCACUGCUUUGCUAGUGGAAACUGCUAGGAUUAUUAAAAAUUCGUAAAAUAUGUAGUGUCCUCCACUGAAAACAAAACGAAACGAAACAAUUGUAUUUAUUUAUUGCCAUGACUUGUUAAAUUUAUUUAUUAUCUUUGGUUUCAUCCUCUUGUGUGUAUGAUGUAUCUAACUGGAAAAGAUUUUGAAAAUCCAUAGAAGGUCAUAGAAUGGAAAUUGUAUGGACCUUUAUUGGAAAUAGAAUGGAUUUUGCUUAUCCAUAAUAAUUGUAUAUUAAUUUCCAUGUAUAUUUCCAAUGGUAUGGAUAUACUAUGGAUUUAGUGCAUCAUGGUGCAAUUGCAAAUUUCCUAGUAUGGAUUUCGCAUUUUUUUCCAGUGUCUUCAAACCCUUGAAUGUAAAUCUUACGUAACUUUUAUUUUCUUCGUUUCUUUAUUUUUUAGUCGCCAGGAGCAUAUGUGUGCAUUACUUGUGAAGUAGGGUUUUAUUGUGCUGAUGAUGCAACCAGUCGAACAGUAAUGUUGAAUAAAAUGAUCUGUCCAGCCGGCAUGCAUUGUCCAGCUGGUAGUGAAAUUGCACCAGAUCUCGUGAAAAAUGCUUGCAAGAAAGGACAUUAUUGUUUGAAAGGGAAUGAGGUAUGGUGAAAGAAAGUUGACCGGCAAUACAUCAUGAUCUUGUUACUCUCCUUAUAAAAACAUGAAAGUCCAUAAUUUAAUUUUGCAAAUUGAGCACUCUAAAGUCCGUAAUCUCUAAUUCUUAAAUCCAACGUACCUUGCAUUUAUACAGAAUGAGGAAGAGCUAGAUACCCACUCUCAUUUUCCUUUUAGGCACAUAUAGGUGAAAGGUAUAAAUUAAGAGGCAAUCAUGCAGUAAAUCGCUUCAGUUUCUAAUUCUAUUUUAUGACUCAAGCACUUUUAUUUUUAGUAUAGUUAUCAGUUUUUACAAUCUAAAAUGAAAAUGAACUUUGGUAAAUUAACAUGGAAUCAUCAGAAUUUGAAACAGAAAGAUCAUACUGUAAAUCACAAUCAUUGUUGCCAUGACAAUUAUUAUCAUGCCAAUGGUGUCACCUUUACAUAUUUCGAACACCAUAGAAGAUAUUGAAAAAUUAUUAAUAACUAACAUUACAGUUUAAAAGUUCCUUUCAACUAGAUAAAUUUCAAACUUGAGUAUGAUCACAUAUGUUAAAAAUAUAGACCUCGUGUUUUUCAAUGCGCGUGGUUAAAAAAUAGACAGACCGUAGAUUGUACGAUAUUAUACAUGUGCAACAAUAGUUAAACUAUGCUAGGCUGUAGUUAUAUUCAGGACAUUAUCGCAAUUAAUUUUUGUUGUCAAGUAUAUGUUUGUAAAUUUGAUUUUUCAAGAUUCCCAAAUCUCAUUUCCAGGCCUGCUAGAAUAAGAAUGUGAUAAUUUCGGAAAUAUUCCUAACCUAACGAAACUAUUUUUCUUUACAUAUAGAAUGCAUAUGAAAUUCCGUGUCCUAAUGGAACUUUUAAUUCCUUUACCGGCCGAAAACACGUCAGUGAUUGUCAACAAUGUCCUGAGGGGUACUUCUGUGAACGACAGGGCUUAGAAAAAGUCGUAAGUAUUGUGUAUAUACAUCGUUUACUCUUUUUGGAUACAUAAGAUGUUUGUAUAAGAUGUUCGGAUAAUCGGUUUAAAAAGUUUCUGGAUUUCGAAUUUUUCAUAGUUGAGCCGGUUUUGAGUGGAAAAACCUGUUAUUUUAUCGUGGAUAAUUUAAUUUAUUUUAGGUCGGUUCAAAUAUUAAUAGAUGCAUGAUUUUUAAUUUCAAUAGACAAUUCCCAUUAUAGACUAAUUUUAAAACUAGGCAAGGAGAUGCAAAUAAAUCACCACAGCUAGAAAGAGCAUACUAAAAUUAGUAAAAAAUUUGGUUGCGAUGUAAAAUGUGGAAAAUAUAGCCUUGCAAAGUUUGCAAAUUUUGUAUACUUUUGUAUUGCGUGCGACAUUUUCGGCCUAAAUGUGGUAGGAAUGUGGUAGGAAUUUCCGCAAGCAAUACAAAAGUAUACAAAAUUUGCGAACUUUACAAGACUAUAUUUUCCUCAUUUUACAACAUUUCGCAACCAAACUUUGUAAUUUUACUAAUUUUAGUAUGCUGUUUCUAGCUGUGCUAUUUAUUUGGGUUUCCUUGCCUAAUUUUAAAAUUAGUCUAUAAUGGGAAUUGUCUAUUGAUAUGUGAGUUUAUUGAGUUUCUGACUGAGCGCGCGGGUUUCCAUAAAGGCUAUUGCCCAAUUGAUAGGGGACCGAGGUCCGUAUACCUAGUGCGUUUUAACCUCCUUAUCCGAGAUGACGGGAAAGUCUAACCAUUUACUAAUGUCAAUGUAAAGGUAGCACUUUUUCCUCAAUUAUUUUAAGACCUUGAGUAGAGGCCCGACCCUGGAUUCAGGAAUGAACCCGCGAGUCUCCCAGCUUGAAAGGCAACUGAAUAUAUUGAACUAAAUGUAGCUUCAUAACUAGGUGUCAGUAGCAUUUCACAGAACUGACCUAAAGCCUUCAUUGCCUGUCAAGAUAAGGAUGACUAAUUCAAAGUAAUCGCCUUUGUCGUGGUUUCCUACUAGGGUGAUUCCCGGAAAAUGUUGGUGAAAACACUACAAAAGCGUUAUACAUGACAUUCAGAAACUGUUUUUCUAUGAAUUCUAGGAAGGAGAUUGUCCACCUGGUCAUUACUGUCCCUUUGGAACUGCUUAUAGAAAUUCCUUUCCUUGCCCAAUCGGUUUUUACCGUAGUGCAUCUUCCGCAAUAUCAGAAAUGGAUUGCUCAGUUUGUAUUGCUGGAUAUUACUGUGAAAGCAAGGGACUGCCUUUAUCUGAGCCUUGUCCUGUUGUAAGUACAAUAAAUGCAUUUUUGCAUCGGCUUUCGGUUAGGUUUUAAAUAUGGUAUUUUUCAUAUGGUGCUACACAGUAAACUUGCUGAUGGUAAAAUUCAAAUGUUUUGAUGCUAAAUGGUACCAUUACAAAUAUUUGCCAAUCAAUCUAUAACUUCAUAGUUACUUUGAGAACUGUCGUUUUUUCUAGAGUGUACCACUAUAUAUGUGUUGCAAAUGCCCCACUAUAAUCUACCUAAACUUGCAUGAAAUUUACCAAUAUCGCAAAAGCAAAUAUUUCCGUAUAGAAAUUUCUGUAAAUGGUAAUUUGGAUAAAACCAAACACCAUAAAAGUGCAACCUCUGGCAGGAAUCGAACCUGCAGCCCUGCAAUUCCGGUGCAGCGCUCUAACCAACUGAGCUACAGACUCCAGUUGUCGAGCUCUAACCACAAGUUCCUGUAUAUAUAUACUAGGGUACUGCCAUGAGGUAUGGGUAAAUAUCAAGAUUUUGUUGGCAUCUCACUCGAUUGAAUAAUAGUUGAAGGUUUUGGGUCUGAGGUGCAAUAAAUAUAUAUAAAAUUUACACUUGAUAAUUUCCAUCUACAAAAUCUUUCAACUAUUCAAUCGAGUGAGAUGCCAACAACAUCGUGAUAUUUAUAUUUUAUACUACAAAGAGCACUUUGCACCACGAAAACACUGCUUUGUAAUGCGUCACAAGCCAUUAGGUGUUUGUUUUUCACAAUUUCUUAACGCGAAAAAUAAGAUAUUUUCGGUUCUAUAGUUCAUCCCCAGGUUUAUGGUAUACUUUCUUUUUUCCAGGGGUAUUUCUGUCCCACUGGUUCAACAAGACCUCAGCCGUGUCCUAAUGGUUACUAUGGCAACUCAUCACACGUGAAGAGAAGUGAAGAUUGUGCACCAUGCCCUGCAGGAGAAUUUUGUGCCGGAUUUGGUUUAACAAAACCAACAGGAUUGUGUGAUGCUGGCUUUUAUUGCAGAGGGAAAGCUUUUACAUCGGUAAUGUUCAUGGAUUCUUUUUUAUAGUAUGGAACUCCCAUUGUUUUAUAUUUUGAUAUUGUAUAGUCCAGUGUGCGUCUAAUAUGUCUCGUAUCAAAUAUGCUUAAAGGUUACUAAAAAAAUUCUAAGAAUCUGUGAAAAUUUCUGAAAAUACCUUGAUGUUUUCAGUUCAGAAGAAAUCCAUUUCAAUAUAUAUGAAAAAUCCCGAAAUCGUUUGCGGUCCACGAUAUUAAUGUCGAAAAAUGCUUCAACGUCACUCACAAUCCUUUGAAAAUCCCAGAAAAUCCCAAGAAAUUAAUAUCUUCAAAUUUCGCACUCUCUUCAAUCAUUCACCCAUUGGUCAACACGCUUUAAUUUAUAGCCUACAAACUUGACAACAUGAACAUUUCGCCAGUCUGAACAUAUUUCAAACAAAACUGUGAGUUCUAUUGUUAAGCAUUCUAAUAAUAUUUUAUUAGAGAUCCACGACAGAAGCGCCUACACGUAAAAUACGUAUCCCAAAAUCUUGAAAUACAAGGCCGUUGGGUUCUCCCAGAAAAAAAGAGUAGAAUUCAGACCUUUCGAAUUCGGCAAGCCACAGGUGUGACACUUGUCCAUGGUUGCACCAUCCUAUAAGAAAUGUGGCAUAUAACGCGUCCUAUCCAGCACGGAAUUGAUCGGGACCGAAUACGAUACAUCGUAGAUAUAUGAACAUUGUAUUUGUAUACAUGUAAAAUUUAGAUUAAAAACAAAGGAAUUUUGCUUGAAGUAGUACAUGCACAUAUUAAUUAUCUCUUCUUUCUUUGUGUUUAAUUACUUACCAGGCUCCACCAGACGGUCCUACUGGAGGUCUAUGUCCUGCAGGUGGCUAUUGCCCGGAGGGAGCAAAAACCCCACAGUCGUGUCCGGUAGGGACCUAUAGAAAAUCGAAAGGAGCAAGUUCACCAGCAGACUGCCAGGCGUGUGAUCCAGGGUAAGAAUAAACCUUUUCCUAGUUCGGAAAACAUUUUAUUGCCAAUUUUAUUUAGGUUUUAGCUAUACCUGAAUUACGAACAGUCGGUUUGUUUUGCUACACUGUCGCGGGAGGCGUUCGCGGGUGGUUAUCAGCUUAGCUACAUAUUUUCAAGCGCGCGUCACGCGACCGCGUUACUUAGGCAGGUGAUAUGAUGAGUUCUAGUGAAACCUGGAGAGACGACGAAGGUUUUAAGGCUACCUCCUUUUUACUAUUGCUGGUGUACUGUAUUGUUUUGAAAAAUGAGCGUGUAGGUUCCAAGACAGAAUCUUACACGGCCUUGCAUGCAUGCAAAGAUACGAAUUUUAUUAUUCAUCUUCAUAGCAAAUAACAUUUUUCACGACACAAGUUGUGCAUAGCUAUUACACUGUUAAUAAUAUAGCAACAUGCAGUGCAAUUGUUUCGAAGUACAGUGCCAAAAAAUGAAGUGCAUGCUGCAAAAAAAGAAAUACAGAGCAAAUUUCUUAAUUUUUAAAUUUUCUUAAUUUUGUAUUUUUUAAUUUCUAUAAAUGUGACUUACGCACGUGACUGCAUAAUUUUUUCAUGUAUAUUAUUAAUAAAUAAUUGUAUGGUUUCUCGUGCAAUUUGAAAAACAUAUACUCUUGAGUUUUUCAAAGACUUCAAAUUACACUCCUCCUUCGGAUUCGUGCAAUUUUGAUAUUGCAUAUUUUUUUCAAAUUGCACUCGAAACCAUACUAUUACCUAUACUAACUUCAGGGAGUUAAUUUAAUUUCAGCAGAGUUAUUUUGAACCCAAUUUUAAUCCACAUUUGGAGUUAAAGUUGGUUCAAAGUAAUCCUAUACUGGGAGUUGAAUUAACGCCCUGAUUAAUGCACCAAUUCGUUAAGCAAAUAUUCUAAGACAAUUAAGAAAACAACUAUGACACACACAAUGUUGUGGGAGAAGGGUUGUCGAGGAGAAAUGCUCCGAUUAUACUUUAAACUGUGGCCAAAGUGUCGCCCCACAGACUCACUAUUACAGCAAUAUGAUUAUGAUAUAAUUAUAUGUCCUCAGGGGGUCGUAGUUCCCCCAUGUUGGACUUUACCCAAGGGGUAGUAGAUCCCCGAGAUGGGCAUCCUAAAUGUCCAAGGGGUAGUAGAUCCCCGUGAUGGUCAUUGCUUACUUUAACGUCCAAGGGGUAGUAGAUCCCCGUGAUGGUCAUUGUUUACUUUAAUGUCCAAGGGGUAGUAGAUCCCCGUGAUGGUCAUUGUUUACUAUACAAUACACUGUAUAAUACAUUGAUUUGUGUGAGUCUAUGGGGUUGAGGGUGACAUUUGGGAGCACUCCAUCCCCACAAAUACACAGCAUGUGUAUUCCCCAUAGACGAAAAAACCCAACUCCCACCACAACUGUAAUCGUAUAGAAGACAGCUUCUGACAGAUAAUCUUUGUGCUUUUCGAACACAUAUCGUCUAUAUUUCUCUUUCGACACAAUUUAAAUAAUUAAUUGAUUAAAAUCAUGUUAUAUGCAAUUUUUUCUUUAAAACUACACAUUUGAUCGUAAGACAUAUAUUUGAGUAUUACCAUCACUCAUACUACAGCUGGAACAUCAGGGAGGCCAGGAAAAACCUGCAAUAUCUUUACAGGAAACCUGGAUGGGGCCAAGACAACCAGCAGCUUCCCCACAAAGCUUCUAUCUUACAAGUGCGUGAUUGGAGGGUUGGUAACACGACAAACAAAGCUCACCAUCAUUUUUUUUUUUUACGAUUUAUUUAUUUUUAAUGUCAAUGUGCUCGUUGACAAUUUUGCAACAUGUAUUUGUUAACUCCACUUAUUUUAUUUGAAUUAUGAUUGGUGGAACUUGACACAAUAUAAUUCUCGAAUUAUGUAUGAUUGUACGUGACUCUUUAAUCUCAGAAAAAUAGCUUGUUCAAUAUUUUAAAAUAGCAGGAUCAAAAAUUCAAAAUGCAAUUCAGGUGUUUAUAUUAAACCACAGUUUUGUGAUUGAACAUGCAAUCAUGCAUGCAUGAGAAUAGCAGAAAUUGUAAGAAUAUGUAUUUGGUAGACUAAAGAUCAUGCAGUAUAGUGAUAAGACACUAAAAUGAAUUUUCAUGAGUAGCGACAUACCAUACACUGUACGUAUAUACCAAUCUUUCAUGACAUCCAACUUGCCGAUUUAUCACAAAUGUAGAUAAAGUAGAUCUUAAAUUUCUCUAGUCUGCGCACAGACUGUCCCUAAUCCCCCCCGUGGUGGAAGGAUAUGCAAGCAGACUAAAAUUUCUCUCACACAUGAACUUGAUUUCCUAUGUUGUGCCCAGUAAAGUAUUGAUAAUGUAUACGGGCCAAAUAAUUAAGUGUUUGUUUUAUUAAAGAGUGCCUUGAAAUAGCUAGAAAGGAAGUUUUAUAUAAUCUACUUUUGAAUGAUUGAAUACGGUUUAAUGUGACACUUUAUUGAAACCCAAUUCCCGAAUCAGAGGCCCAAUCUGGCCGGGUAAUAACCUCAAGAUGGUAAUAAAAUUGACAUUGAAAUACAGAUCGAUUUAGCGUGAAUGGUCGAUACAUUUGGCGUUCGACAAUUACUAUACCCGAAUUCUGUGAUAAAAUAAAUGAAGUUAAAGCAUUUUGAUUGGUUUGAAAAGCGAAAAACGAAGCAAACGUGUGAAUUCACCGCAUACUUACGCACCAAAUGCAUGUGCAUACAUAAAUACAUUGAUAUACGAAUGAUAUCAAAUGACGCUUGUUGAAUUCGUGUUUAGCCUCUCGAUCUUGUUAUAAUUCCCCCAGCGGCGGUUUCAUUUAACUUCAUCGGUUGAGCCAACGUAUUCCUUUGUCCACCAGGAGGGUAAAAGCGCUUGACCACGGUAGAGUUAUACUUGAAUAGACUGCGUCUCACUGAAUCACACAUCGAUACUUGAGCCAACGUAUUCCUUUGUCCACCAGGAGGGUAAAAGCGCUUGACCACGGUAGGGAUAUACUUGAAUAGACUGCGUCUCACUGAAUCACACAUCGAUACUUGAGCCAACGUAUUCCUUUGUCCACCAAAAGAGUAAAAGCGCCUGCCGAGUUAUAUUUGAAUAAACAUCGUCUCUCUGAAUCAUACAUCAAUACAUCAGCCAAGGUAUUCCUUUGUCCACCAAAAGAGUAAAAACGGUUGCCCGCGGCAGAGUUAUAUUUUACUGAUAAACUGCGUCUCACUGAAUUUCAUAUACGUCAAUACUUGAGCCAACGUAUUCCUUUGUCCACCAGAAGAGUAAAAGUGCUUGCCCGCAGCAGAGCUAUAUUUGAAUAAACUGCGUAUCACUGAAUAAUACUGUGUUACUGACCGUUGUUUUAUAUCCACGAUAUAUCUUUUCCAAAAGUAUAAUUUCGAAGUACUUUGCCGCAGAGGUCAUACAAUUUUGCUUGCAAGUGACACAAUUAGGCUUACUGAUCCAAGCAGGAAACUAUUCAGACGAAAAGGUGAAACCUGAUUGGUCUAUUUUCCCGCACAUGCAUGGGAAGAGAUUUGACAAUGGUUUGUUGUUAAUUCAGCCUUGUGCUUUGCACGUGUAUGAUCACAUGAUUCACAGAUUGACCUUUGUACCAGACCUUUGUACUCCAGGAGACUUUGCACAACUUUACUCUUGUCCUAACGCUUGUUUCAUUAACUUAAGUUUAUAAUGCUAUGGGCAUGUAUAAACUUGCUAUUUAACAGGGUACAAUUGAAAUGGUGCGCAUCAUCAUGGUUUACAUUCUACUAAACCCAUACAAAAUAAUUCUAUACGAUUCAUGUCACACCAUCUCUUACCUAGCCUGCAUGGCAGGCGGUCCCUAAAAUCGGGCAAGCCUGGGAAAGACCUAUGUCUUACCCAGCUAUACCAUAAACCAUUAACGUAUGUGAGCCCAGUUUAGAUAGAUUUCGAAAAUAAACUCUCUAGCUGUUUGGUCGAAUCUACCUUCGUAUGCCCUACAACAUACCCCCAAUGGAAAAGGGAACAAAGUUUAUUUAAUGUAUAAAACACCAUAUCUAUACCAACAAUACCGUAUUGACGUAAUGUACUAAGCAACUAAGGAUGUCCAUGUUAUAGAUAUUACUGUGCAGGAGAUGAUAACCCAAAAACUACAGGAAAAUGUUCAGCAGGUUAUUAUUGCACUGGUUCAUCAGCAACACCUACCCAGUUUCCAGCUUUACAUGGACAUUAUGCUGAAGAAGGAUCACCCUACAUGGUGAAAUGUCCCAUUGGAACUUUUCAAUCAGUACGUUGCACUUUAUUUUAAUUAGUUCAUUCAUUCAGUUUGUGUAAGUCAUUGGGGUGCGUGUGUGUGUGUGCAUGCGUGUGUGUGUGUGCAUGCGUGGAAGUCGUAUGUUCCACCGUAGUGCUCAGGAAGCGACGAAUUGAAAUAUGCUACGUUUUGGUACGAUACUGUUACUAUAAUAUGUAUUAGAUAACUUAAUCACGCCUGUCUGUUAUUACAAAUUCCAAAAUUUUAGUGUUGAAUUAAUAAAGUCGCUCAUCUUACAAAAUAGAUCUUUUUUAAUUAAUGGGAAGAGACCAUUUCUCUUGUACAUAAAUUUCAGGUCCGUGCUACGGUUAUAGAAAAAUGUUUACACUUUUGAAUUAUUUCUAUUGUGGAAAGUGACAAGAAUUUAUUAGAUAUGUAAUUAAUACCGUAACUACAUAACAGGUAUAGCAUGAUAAAAGAUCAAUUGAUCUUGGAAGUCCUUAGGAAUACGUGCACGUCACUGUUAAACAAUAGAGAGCUUAAGAUCCACGACGCGACCGGCUCAACGACGCGAUCUGAAUUUCAGCUCAAGAAUGAGCGCUAAGCAAUUUCAUUACUUUAAAUUACAAACCACUAAGUUCGACUAAAGCUCUUGGGUCGCAUGCAAUAAGCUUUCACGUUGCUUGAAGAUGUCAUAAUGCUUAGUUUAACGUUGUGUUGAGAAUGACAACGCGGUUGAGGAUACCCCUGGAACCAGAAAGUAUUCACAGUUUUUGUCUAGCAUGACAAAUUUCUUUCUUUCGCAAGCGCGUCUUAUUAUAAACUCUCUAAUGAAUAUUUGACCCACAUGUAUCCCACUUUCCAUUGCGUGCACCUCAUGUGGAUUAAAAAUUGGAAAAUUGCGUGAUGCAAGUACUUCCAGGGUUGCCUCGUCCCCAGUCGCUUUAUUAAAUUCGCGGGGAGGGGGAUAAAGGGAGACAUUGGAGGAUAUUCGUCUUCCAAGCAUGCACCACAACAGAUUUGUACAGCCACUGAUCUAUAUAUUAAACUGAUAUGUCUAUAUAUACACUGAUCUAGAUUUGUUCAGCCACUGAUCUAUAUAUUAAACUGAUAUGUUUAUAUACACUGAUCUAUAAAUAGUAAGGGCCUGCGGAGGAGGCAGCUUCCAGGGUCGAUUGAGUGCUACUACGUUGAAACAUAUUGUCCUUACGUUGUCUUGUUGUCGUUAUUAUUUUCAUAUGGAUAUUUUGUUUUUGUUCUAGUCUGACCGAAUGGCUAAGUGUGACACUUGUAUUGCCAAGAAAUACUGUAAUGCUAGUGGUCUUAUCAAUCCUCCUCUAUGUCCAACUGGCUAUUAUUGUCCCACGAAUAGUACAUUACCCACCCCAUGUCCUGCGGUAGGUAUUUUCAGACGAUUAGAAGUAUUUUAAUUCCAGCGAAUAAAGUACAAGUAUUUUGCACAUUGUUGUGUUUGGUUUUGACGAUUUGGGUAAUAAAUUCCAAAAUCUGCAACGUGAGGUCUAAGUAGAUUCCAGUAGAUUCCAAAAUAUUAUAGUUUUUAAGUCACAUUGAUCACAAUUACAAAGAUCAGAGAGUUUUUGCAGAAGUAGAAUGAAAUCAUUUUCUAUCCCUAUGUAUGUCUUCAAACUGCCAUUUGGCAUGUUCAAUCGAAUAAAAUUUCCUUUAUAUUUCCCCUGCACCUUCUGCUUUUUCACCACGUUUAGGGUACAUACAAUCCUAAUUCAGCCGAAGACUCAGAAAAAGCAUGUCAAUUGUGUGACGCAGGUAAAUAUUGUCGGCGAGAGGGACUGGCAGCCGAUGAAGGUGAUUGUUAUGCUGGAUAUUACUGUGUACGAGGAUCACCACAUCCAAAUCCUGUGAGUAUGCUGUCCAGUAUAAUAUGAAGUUGAGGAUUUAAAAUUAUACUAAAUGCAUACAUGCAUGUACUGUAGCUAUGUAUUGAAUGUUGGUGUUUAAAUUUUUAGUUUGCCUACAAUUAGCAUCCAACAUUUGACUAUAGACAUUACUUAAAGCUGCACCGUAGUUGCACAAAGUAGAACCUAUUACCAUGUGCAAUACUUGCCUACUUGGCCAUUACGAAUUUCACCUGCAUCUUGUAUUGCGAAAAAUUACAACUUUGCGAGGAUAGCGUAGCAUCGUCCUGAAGAUCCUAUUUUAUUUUCAGUGCGUUUUAUCGUACGAAUAUCACACUAACUGUAAGUCUUUUUACGUUAUUUAGGGAAAUCUAACAAACGGGCUCUGGAAUGGUAACUUUUCUUAUGGCGGGGUUUGUCCUGCUGGCUAUUACUGUCCCGCUGGUACCUCACGUGCAUAUAAUACACCUUGUGAAAAUGGAACAUACAAUGCUUAUCCUGGAGGUAAAAGUAUUACAGACUGUACACCAUGUGAUGGUGGUCGUGUCUGUAAUGGAAAAGGUCUUAGUGCUCCUAAUGGUGAAUGCCGUGCUGGAUGGUACUGUGAAAAAGGUGCUAAAUCAUCAACGCCAAACGAUGGUACUACAGGGGAUCUAUGUACUGUAGGUCACUACUGUCCAAAUGGUACAAGUAAACCCCAGCAAUGUAAACCAGGAACAUACAGGUUAGCUAUACUUUUCUUCAUUCUAACACAUCUCACAAGAAAAUUUGUUCUUUUCGUCAGUCAAUUUUUAGUGCGGUUAUGUGUCCUUGUGGACUAUUAUUGUUAGGGAGUGCAACUUACAUAAGUAACUCAACAAUAGAUGGGAAGAUAGGUAGAUGGAUAGAGCAAACAAUCCGGGGGGGGGAUUCAGAUAAUAUUCUGUGGAGCUUGGCUAGGUGCGAAGGAAUAAAGGACUUUCUAGAUAUAUCAUGCGUAAAACAGCGAGGUUCAAUAAAAAGACGCUUUUGUAUAUAGCAUCUCUAGUUAACAUUAAGAACUGCUAAUAGAUUGUACUUUUUGUGGAAAAGGGAAAGGUUUGUAAUUGUCAGACCAUCAUUAUGUGGUAUCCCAGGUCAUGGGCCGUUUGUGUUCAAGAUCAAUAUCAUCGCUAAUACACGGGCAGCGUAUCCAAUAGUACUACGCAUACACGUUCAGUAAGUAAACGAUAUCGUCACGGGACUAUAUGUAGUAUCUCAUUAAUUGUACUGUUUAACUUAUUUAGUGACAGCAGGGGUCUUGCGGUAUGUACGAUAUGUCCUGAAGGAAGAUAUUGCAAUGAUUCUGUCAAUCCUCAACCGUGUCCCAAAGGACAUUAUUGUCCAAAUGGUUCCCAUGAUCAUAACUGGAAGAAAUGUCCUCCUGGAACAUGGAACCCUUCCGUGAGUAAUAUAGAUCUUUAAUACAGUCAGGUGAAAUGGGAAACAAUGUAUAGAAUGUCUUACGAUUUGUACUGUUCGUGAGGAAAGAGGAAAAGCUUUUAACCAGGAACUUCUCAAAAGACCGCACGUGCAUAUGUGUAUUAAAUCUGCCCUUCAGUUUAGUCACUUUCUCUAAACCUACGUUCAACAACGUCUGAAAUGCAUGCUGCGAGUUCAUUUAAUGAAAAGCAACUUAUCCCCCAGUCAACAUGAUUAAAUUGAUCACUUUCAUAUUUUAAGACUGAAAUUGGCCGGGAAGACGAGUGUCAGCAAUGUUCACCUGGAAAAUAUUGUCGGAAUUAUGGAGUACUUGACUUCACAUCAGGAGAUGGAAGUGGGUCAUGUUAUCCUGGCUACUACUGUAAAAGCGGUGUCAACACUCCUACACCGAGUGCAAAUUUCACUGGUGAGUAAUAACAUAAUAAUGUGCAAGAAAAUAUUAUUACUGUCGACUGUCAUAGCGGAAUACAAUGCAGUUAAUGUCGAAACAUCAGCGUAAUAAACUACAAUAAUAUAUUAUUAUAUUAGCAGUCCAAUAUUCUGUAACAAUAGUACAGGGAAUCUGUAACCUCUAAUUAAUUCAAACACAAUAAAAAGGAAGGCUUAUCCUUUUCCACCGAGAAAACUGCUUUGAAACAAAUUGGGCCAAACUGAAAGUUGAGUUCUGAAUAAAAAUGUGGAAUUCGGUUUAUCGUUACGUAUAAUAUUGUCAAUGACAAAAACUGCGCCAAUUAAGAAGAGCUGCAUGGAGGGACUUGUGGCCUGUUUAGUGAAGCGUCCAAAUCAUAUUGCGAUAUGAUAGCGAUAAAACGCAUAGCAAAGGCAAUGCAACGAAGACUUUUGCGGAGGACGGUUCACCAAAGCUCGCACGUUUCCGCAUUCGUUUGCUAAUUUUUAUUUGUCCUUUAAAGCCUUGAUUAUCAGGAUCAAACGAGGUUAUCGCAAGUUUAAAUUUUGAGGCAUGAAAAUGCCAAAUGCCAAAAUAUGCGGUUUAAAAACUUCGAAAAAUAUACUGUUUACAGAAAAGGCUAAAGUAGAUGUAUUGAGCCAAAUUCCAAUUGGAUUUCAAAACAGAUCCAACACAACUAAUGAGUAAAAAUUGUGUAUACUCAUCACCAAGAAGUUAUAUCCUCACCAGCUCUGUACAUGCUAAAAGAAUAUAAAAAGUAUACAUAAAAAAAUUAACAUAACUGGAUAUAAUAAAUGUGUUAUUUCCCAUAGGUAUUGGAGGGUUAUGUCCUGAAGGAAUGUACUGUCCUGAGGGGACUGCAGAUCCUGAAGGUUGUCCUGCUGGAACGUUCUCUAAUGUGAAAGGAUUAAAGAAUUCAUCUGAAUGUCAGCUUUGUUCGUAUGGAAAGUAUUGCGCUGAAAAGAAUUUGACAUCUCCAUCAG